CGGCGCUCUUCCUACUUCCGGGAAAAUGGCGGCGGCCUGGAGACCCGUUUGGGCGGUUGUCUCCCGGGGAUACGUGAGGCGCGGCGGGGCGCCGGUGCUGGGCAGCCUGCGGGCCCCCAGGCCCCGGGCGGGCCCCUGGCUUGCCACUGCCGCUCUGGUCGGAGGCGGGGCGCUCGUGGGCUUUGGCGGAGGAUGGAGCGGGCAGGGCGGGAGCGGCGGCUUCCUGACAGUCCUGGCUCAGGUAGGAGACGAGGAGCCGCUGCCGGCUUCCCUCCCUUUCCUCGGCGUGGAAAGGACAGCGGGAGCCUCGGGGGCCGAAGCCAGCGCCUUUGCCCAGCCCUGUUCCCUGUUCCUUGGUUGGUUUCCGGGCGGCUUGCGCGGCUCCCUGCCUUCCAUCGAAUGGAAAAUAUUCAUAACCCGCCUCUCACGGCAGCGGGUGCCCGGGCGGCGUGGCAUUUCAGAUGGGGGGCCGCGUCAGUCCUGUCGCAGCAAGAACAAAAGGGGCCCACCUUCAAUACUUGGCACGCCUGGUUGGGGCUCAAGCUCUGGGAAACCCAAGAGUCUCAUGAACUGUCAUCUCUAGGCGCAGGGAUUUUGUUGUUGUCGUUUAGUCGUGUCCGACUCUUCGUGACCCCGUGGACCAGAGCACGCCAGGCACUCCUGUCUUCCACUGCCUCCCGCAGUUUGGUCAGACUCAUGUUUGUAGCUUCGAGAACGCUGUCCAACCAUCUCGUCCUCUGUUGUCCCCUUCUCCUUGUGCCCUCCAUCUUUCCCAACAUCUGGGUCUUUUCCAGGGAGUCUUCUCUUCUCAUGAGGUGGCCAAAAUACUGGAGCCUCAGCUUCACGAUCUGUCCUUCCAGUGAGCACUCAGGGCUGAUUUCCUUAAGAAUGGAGAGGUUUGAGCUAUGUGGCUGGGUGGCUUGCAGCACAUGAAAAAUUGUAAAACAUUAGACAUUAAUGCAAAACAAACAAACAGAUAAACAAAACAACCCCACCGAGGCCAGUUUUAUAGUAUUGAGUUGCAGCACUGAUACCUAAAGGCGGAGUAGAAAAAAAAGAGGAAAACUCAAGGAAGUGGUUAUAUGUGGAUGUGGGGAGAGGGGUAGAAUGGCUUAUCUAGAAAAUAAAUGCAAUGCUUGCUGGCUUUCCAGUACUGUACUGAUUCUUGGAGUUUGAAUAAGAAGCAGCACUGUUGUGCUGUGUUAGGAGAAAUACUUUAGGAAGGGUGGGUAGGUUUGAAUCAGAAGUUGGUGUCCUCUGAAACUAAAGGGCAAUUAAACUGAGCUUGAACCCUGGGAAGAUGGAGGCACUCUGGGUUGGUGGUUUCUCUGUCUGGGAGAUCAACCAGUUGCCUGUUAAUGGAUGGGGCUGCUCUCCCUAUGAAAGAAUAGGUUUAGAGCUCCUGGAUCCAUCAUUGUCACAGGAAGCUUAGGUAGGUUCAGUGACUAGGAGUGCAUUUACUAGCUAUGGUACUGUGGCCAUUCUUGGACAGAGAUUGUUUUACCAUCGUGAUUCAUGCAUUCAUAAUGUCAGGCCUUGAUUAUUGCAAGGUGCUCUAUGUGUGGCUACCCUUGGACCUAUUUCAGAUGCUCCAGUUGGUACAAAAUACUGCAGUUAGACCGCUGAUGGGGACAUACUAUUGGCAGCACAUAACUCGGGUGUUCAAAAGCUUGCACAGGGCCAGGUUCAAGGAUCUUUUAUAAAUUUAUAAUGUCUCUGACAAAUUAGGCCCUCAAUGAUUUUUAAUCCCUUUUAUCCCUACCAGAUCACUGAGGUCUUUGUGAAAGUCCUUGUUACUUGUGUCUUAUAUAUCGACCAGGAUUUCUGUGUCCAGUAUUGUGGGCCCAAUUUUGUGGAACUCCCUUCCAGUUCUAGUCAUACAGGCUGUAUAUCUUGAGCCCACUGAAUACUUUUUUAUUCUAGCGGGCUUUAAAACUGAAGUCUGAUUUUAUAUUUCUUGUACACCACUUAGAGACAAUUGUAGUUAAGUGGUAUACUAAUUGUUCGCAUAAAAUGGCUUGACAAAAGAUGUAAAGGAAGAUAUAUGGAAGAUAAUUGCCAACAAUAUAGGAGGAGCAUAAUUACAUUUCACUUUAAGUGAGUAAGUCAGUACUUACAAUGCUGUUGUUGUAAGUAAACCUGACAGGAGGAAGUGUACUUGCUUCUGCUUAAUAUCAUAUAUUAUAGGGUAACAAAGGUAUUAGUCACUGGCAGUACCUGUGGAUGAAUAAACAUUUGUUUUCAGUCUUACAAUCAAUUAAUUGUAACUGGUUUACAUCAACUUGUGAUGUUUAAUUUGCCAUAAUGCAGUCAUCGUAGCUUAGCUGCUAUAUGCAUUUUAAGUUCCAUUGGGCUGAUGGAAGUUACUUUUGAGCAGUCAUGUAUAAGAUUUUAUCACUAGGGCAUUCAUUGUUCAGCUGUAUGAAGCUAAAGUUUAGUCACUAAACUUACAUCAAAGUAUCAAAUAGUUCAUUUCCUUUAGUCUAUACUGGCAUAACUUUAGCUUGUGCUUCUCUAGUAUAACAUACCGUAUUUUUCCAUCUAUAAGAUGCCCCCAUGUAUAAGACGUCCCCUAUCUUUGGGGACUCAGAUUUAAGGAAAAGGGGGGGAGAUAUAUCAGUGUAUAAGACGCCCCCUAAUUUUUGACAUUUUUAAGGAAAAAAACCUAGUCUUAUACGGUAUAUUCUGAUGGACAAUAUUUUCCCCCAUUUGCGCUAUGCCAGAAUUUCAGUGUGUAUAAAGUUAGGAGCUUGUGUUAUCUGUGUAGCUCUCACCUGAUGCUUAACUUUGUUUACAUAAAAAUGUACUGAAUUGGUUCCUGUAAGAUUAAUAUAUAUUUACUCAUUCAGAAAAAAAAUAUUUCACAAGUAAAAUGCUCAACUAUGCUGUCUGAAUUGCAUCAUGUAGGAAGCCAUAUGUUUUAAAAACAAAUAAGGACAUUCAUGAUUUCAAAAAGAAGUUACUUACAAAACACCCUUUAUGUCCAUCUCUGUCCUUAAAAGGCCAUGGGAAUUACGUGGUUGCUGUCUGGGGUUACUUUCAUUCCAAAUAUCAAUACUUUGUUUCUUAGGGGAAGUGAAAUAGGAUAAACCUUAUGUCUCUUGGUGAGUACAGAGAGUCUCCAGAUCCAAAUAGGAAGCAUUGUGUCUAUUUCUAGACACCCAAUAAUAAUAGAACUGGUGUAGCAUAACGACUGACGAUAGAAUGAAGGGAAGUCCCUGGUUCAAACUUUUAACUACAAAUUGCCUAGCAGGCCUUAAGAGAGCUGCUAUUUCCCACCCACUCACAAAUCUACAAUAUGAGGAAACUUUGCGGCCUUAGGUCUCUAAUAAGGAUUACUGUGUUAUCGUGCAUGAACCAUUCUGAACACUUGAAAUGUACUAAUCCAUAUAUAUGUCAUGUUGCUUAGACUUUUGUCCACCUCUGAAACUAAACUUUUGUUAAAAUGUAGUGACUCUUGUAAUUCUCCACAUUUAAUUUAAAAUACGAUGACUUUCAGUUAUUCAAAUUGUGAAUAAUUUCAGUCGCCCUCCAUUUCUUUCCCGUGCUCUGGAUCUUUCCUGUUUUAGAAUUUAGGAUGAAGGUAGUACAUCAGAUUUCUGCAGUGCUCAAAAUAAGAAGCUUUUUCUUCUGUGUGGACUCGGCGUAGCAAUUAGCACAGUCAUUUUCCAGUGUUGUUGGAUGCCAGACAUAGUGAUACUUCAUACUUGUUUAUCUUUAGCACUGUAUUUCCAAUAUCGGAGUCACAGUAAUGUACUGCAGAAGAUUUUGAGAUGGGUCACUUCUGUCAAACAUCUGUUGUUGGCUUUGACUUAAUGUUUAUUUUCAGACAGCUUGCAAUCCUCUGCAUUAACAUGCCACUACACAGCAUGCUCCUCUCAUUAACCAAGUUGGGCUUGGAAUGUCUUGUCUUCAUGGGUUUACUUUUGUGAUCUUAAGCCUUGAGCUCAGCCAGUUCUUUGGUACUGUACAGUGAUUUGUUUUUGCAUUUAAUGGCGCUUCUAAAUUCUGCGUAUUAACUUCAGCUUCUAAAUCAAACUAGUUUUGGGUCAGUUCUCUAGAUUUAUUCCCUGGAUGCAAAAAGCUUAGCUUUGGAGUCUUCAAAAUUGCUUCAUUUUUUAUUUUAUUUUUUUAAAGCAAAGUGAUUGUCUAGUGAUUGCAGUUCAGACAAAUGCUUUAAAGGUCACAGAGUACUUUAUGCACUGAAAGUACCAUAGAAAUUACCGAUAAUUUAACUGUACUGUUAGUGAGGUAUUGUAAUGGGGAGACUAUACCUUUAUUAAGUCCUAGCUAGGGGGUGGUGUGCAUAACAAAUAGUAUCAUAUACAUUAAGUUGUGCUUGAAGGCAUGGAACAGAGCCAUUCUCAGUGGGGGCUGAGUAGAAAUUGGUGGCCAAGUUACCUCCAGUUCUAGAAUUGAUCAACUUUCCUUCUAAUUCCCAUCUUUAUUCCUCAAUCCAUGCAUUCAGGUCAAUGGUCCAUUUGCUUCCUUGGUCUCUCAUUGCUACUGCUCUUCAUCUAUUGUCUGCCUUGUAUUUGUUUUAAGAUUCUUGAUAAAUUUAUCUUUCUUUUUAAUUAUGGUUUAAGUGUAUAUGUUUUGUGAAUAUUAGAUUCUAUAUAUCAUUUUAGUUGCUUUGGGUAAUUUUGUUUGAUCAAGUGGUUUAUAUGGUGAAGCGUAAGUGAAGUGCAGGCUGGAGCAGGCUAGUUCAAGUUAUAAUGAAACUGACAUUAAAAACUGUUUCUCAAAUGGAGACAUCCUGCUAUACUGUAAUAACUAAAUCAUGUGUUUGGAUAAGCUUGUCAAAACAGAAGCUUUUUCAGUGGACAUCUAAAAGUUAUUUGCAAGGGACUCAACAUCAGCCUUGACUGUUGACCAUGGGGCUGAUGGGAAUUGUAGUCCAAAACGUCAGGUUUGGGAAGGCUCCCUUGAAAGAUGAAAUACAAGAAGAUAAAGACAGAUGAUGUACUUAUUAUAGCAGGAAAUUGUUUUGUUGUUUUUGCUAUACGUAUCUUUGUUACGGGAACUACAGGAGGAUGUUAGAGGCAGAACAUUCUCUUGUUACCUACAUUAUGGGGAGCUGGCUCCAGGCCUGUUGGCAGACCAACUCUGUGUUAGAAAGAUGUCUGCAAAUGUGACAUGAAGACUGGCAACAUCAAUCCCACCGUGUGGGAAUCCCUUGCAGGCAACCACAGUGCCUGCAGACAGACAAUCAGGUUGUGUAUCCAUAGCAUUGACCAGAGGAGGAAUGAUCACUGGGAGGAACGCAGAGAGAAGAAAUGCCAGCAGCACAACUGGACACCUUCAUCUGCCCCAGCUGCAACAAAACAUGUCUUUCCUGUAUCGGUCCUUACAGUCACAGCAGGCACUAUAACCUUCCAAUAGUUUGACUUCACCUCCAAACGCUCACUCCUCCAUUGUCUCCCGAAAAAGACAGAUGCCAACCAACUAUCUGUGUUAUUAUUAUUUAUUAGACCGCUAUAUCACCAGCAGUUUACAAACAACUAAACAGUAUUCAAAUUGUGAAAUUAACAAGCUCAUCAUGUUAAAAUAACACAAAGCAAGGUACAGUGUCUGACAUAAUAAUUCUGCCACAAGAUCAUUCAUAGAUGAAAAGUCGAAUUAUUCACUGAAAAACUGAUGAGUAAACAAUAUCAUUUCAUGAAGUUAUAGCCUGCAACAAUCUCUGGUAAUAAAGUCACCUACAGAAGGAUUGCUGUUAAUUUAAUCAACAAGUCUUCAAAUUAUGUAAUUACAACACUAUUCAUUGUUCAAAUUGAUUUCUUUCCUGCAUAUAUUAUGGCUUAGAGCAUUAUCAAGUUUCACAAUAUCAAGAAUUGGAGAACCUGUUUGCAAGAAGUAUACAUAAGUGCUUGAUGCUCUGCCAGGAGCUUCUACCAGCUGGCUCAGUUGUAUGAGCUUAUGUGGGAAAAGUCUAGAGUUCCUAUUUUAAUCUCUGUCCCAGAAUAUAAAAACAACUUGAAUUUGUACAAGCUUCUGCUUAAAAUGAACCACAGAUUCUAAAUAUGUGUGCAAAUUGUAUGAUGGUGAUAAGUGGGUAUAAAAUAUACCUAAUUACAGUUCUAUAGUUUUCGUAUUAUACAUUGCUAAGCAUGUGUACUUAGAACUAAGCCCCAUUGAGUUUGGUGGGACAUACUCCCCAGUUACCGUAAUAUGUAUGGGAUUGUAGCCUUAAGCAUCUUGCAGUGGAUAUUUUUCCCCUUUUCGUAUUAUGCACAAACAGGAAAGCAAUGUAGUCAUUACUAUUAUGGCCUAUGUUAUGUAUUUUUGUGUGUAAUAUUUUUCUCAAAUGAUAUCACAACCCUGAGGUCAGCAUGCCUUGUCUUAGUUCACUGUCUUUUAAACCCCCAAACCCCUAACAAGAUUUUACAAAUCUUUUCUGGAAAGUCUUUUUAUUAUAUAUUAUAAUCAAGUUAGGAACUCCCCAUGCUGCUUUUAUUCUGUAUUAAAACAUAUUAAAGAAGCUCUUUAAGUAUCAUGUAUCCCUGAAGAAGUUUAAAUAACUUGGGUAUUAAAUAUAUCCCAAGUAUCAUGCUUUGCAUUAGUGACAUACAGACAUUGUCAUGUUGAGUGACCAAAACAGUCAAUAAUAUAGCAAGUAUGGAAUCUGUAAGGCCAUAAUGUUAUGUUUAAAUUUAGAAAUGGAUUUUACUUAGGGGUGUGCACUUGUUUCACAACAUAGUAUCACUUACAACUUUUUGAAAGCAGGAUAUAAAUAUCUUGAAACUUUGACUCUGAAAAUAUAGUGGAUCCAUGCUUUGUAUUAAUAUUUCAGUUAGGGUUCUGGAAAAUAUCCAGUGCCCUCUUAUAUACUUGCUUUUCUCUAAUCUGCUUUGUUACGGAUAUUCAUUACUUUUGCUAUGUGAGAUUAAUUAUGGAAAUCCUAAGCAUCAUUUGUAUUUAUGCAACAGUGUCUUUAAAAUAUGCUGAAUGACCAAAGGAGGGUGGUAUUGAUGGCUGUUGUUUGUAGGACAACUCCUGUCCUUUCCUUUCUGUCAACAAAUGCAAUACCUUUAGUUUCCAUAAGUGUUGACAGAUCAAUUAGCAGGAAUCUAGGUAACUGGGGGUAGGGAAGCAUUUUGUCUAAAUUAUAAAAUAUGGUAUAAACAGCAAAUUUUAACUGCAUUGCCAGGCAUCAAUUUUCCUGUGGCUAAUUAAUUCUCAUAGACACUAAUUAAUUGGCAGGUGUUCCAGGGUCCACAUAUUCACAUAAACAACACUUAAACUAGCAUUGUGUGCAUUAUAUAAUUAGUUAUAUUGUGUUGUAUCCAGUGGUGCAUGAGCAGAGGCAAUUUGUACAAUGUCUGCUUCGUUUCCUUUCCUCUCCUUCCCCCUGUACUCCGCCCAAAAGGCCUCCCCGGAGGGCCAGGGGGACCUAUUGAACAUUGUGGACUGUAUCUUACAGGGUUCCAGAGGGAUGCAGAAUCACCCCAAAUAUUGAAUGCUUAAAUAUUUAAAGUUAAUGGAUACAGAAUGUCCCUAACUGGUGUAUACAUGAUUAUUGCUCCUCUAUACUUGUAUGGUUAAUCUUUCUGUUGUAUGUCAGUUCAGUUGGAAUUAGCCUUGUGAUGUGCCUACUUUGGUGAUAAAGCAUGGUAUUUGGGCAUACAUAAGCCCAAGGAGAGAAGUCAAAGAAAAGUUUUCAUAGCGGUACGGAGUUAGAUUGCCUCUUGAAGACUUAAUUCAGAAAUAACAUGUGCUGGGGAAAGCUUUUGGGUUUAAGGACAUACACACACCAAGAGCACAUUUCUAGAGCUCAGUUCCUUCCAGCCUGCAAAAAUCUUUUCAGGCUCAGCUUAUCUUUGGCGUAGAAAGGAUUCUGAAUGUGAGUUUGGGCUCUAAGAAGCAGCCAAAGGGCUGUUGUGCUUAAUAACUGACAAGAGGAGAGUCAGGGGGCUGAAGCAUGUUACUAAGGGUCCCACUUGAGUACUUUGUGCUAAGGAGACGCAGGUGGCUCUGUGGUAUGAACCACUGAGCCUCUUAGGCUUACUGAUUGGAAGGUCGGCAGUUCGAAUCCACGCAACAGGGUGAGCUCCCGUUGCUCUGUUCCAACUUCUGCCAUGCUAGCAGUUUGAAAGCAUACCAGUGCAAGUAGAUAAAUAGGUACCGCUGCGGCGGGAAGAUAAACGGCAUUUCUAUGUGCUCUGGCUUCCGUCACGGCACUCCAUUGUGCCAGAAGCGGUUUAGUCAUGCUGGCCAUAUGACCCAGAAAACUAUCUAUGGACAAAUGCUGGCUCCCUUGGCCUGAAGCAAGAUGAAUGCCACACCCCAAUAGUUGCCUUUGACAGGACUAAACUGUCCAGGGGUCAUUUACCUUUACCUCACUUUGCGCUGGUUAGCUAUCAGGUACUAUUUUCUUAUGAGUAGACAGUAGAAGUAAUUGCAGUGAGAAUAUAAGAUGAAAUUGGCUUGACUUUUCUUGGGUAAAUUUUUUUGGAGGGAGGAAAUGCAAGCUUCUGUGCAUUAUUAGCCUUGGUGUUAAUUUUCAGUUUUCCAAUCUCAUUAUGUGGUUCAUGUGGUGGUGUUUGUCCUAAGUACAACUGCUCUAAAAGAGUGCUGCAAAUGUAAAGGGAGGUACAUCAGUAUUUCCUUGUGAUUCACUUUAUUUAGCCAUGUGGCAGUGUGUUCCAGACCAUUCCAAACGCCUUCCAGUAAAUGCGCUUACAGAAGACUGUGGCACAUCUCAAGUUGAUUUUUAGUGCUUAGGUCACCACUCAAGCAGGCAUUCUGAUUCUUUCUUUUUUUCCCUCCAUCCAUCAGUCAAAGACACGAGAGUGUGCUGAAGUUUCUAAGAGUUGGAUAGCCUAUACAGCAGCGGUGGGGAAACCUUUUCGGCUCGAGGGCCACUUUAACUCAUGGUCAGCUUUUGGGGGAUGCGUGCUGCUGGUGGGCAUGAGCACAGGCAAAAACAGAUAAGACAUGGGGUAGAAGAACAUAGACCAAUGGAUGUGGUUAUUACAUUGGUAGAGAAGAUUACCUUUCAGCCAUGCAGAAAUUGGAGGUUUCUGCAUGCACUCGCAUAUCUCCAUCCUCCACGUAGGCAAGCAAGAGACUGUUAUGUCAGUUCAUGGACAUGUUCCAUGCAGGCAGCAGCACUUGAGGAAGGUACACAGCGAAGCCACUGAAGGGGGAAAACUGGGGAGGGAGAAUGGCCUGAGGGCCAGAUAAGAGAGGUCUGGAGGGAUGCAUCUGGUCCUAAGGUGUGAGGUUCCCCACCCCCACCAUUUACAGACACAGUAAUUUGCAGGUAUAGCUACAUGCAGUAAAAGACAUUAAUGCUGCCUGGAAAUGACACAGUAUUCAGCUGAACUGUUAGCCAUUGUAUUUUUCAACUGGUGUAGCUUUAUCUGUUGCAUUUUAUCAUGCUAAGUCACUUUGAGAUUGCCUUUGUAAAAAGCCACAAACAAAUCUAGUAAAUCAUCAUUUACUAGAUUUAGCCCAUCACAGUUGUUUUGUUUUUCUAAGUUGUGUUAUUAUAAUUAUUUUAUUAAUAUUUAUUAAAUUUCUAUACUGCCCUUCAUCCAUAGAUCUCAGGACAGUUCACAUAAAAUUACAAAAUAAAAACCACAAAAUGCAUAAUAAAAUUACGAACAACAACAGACCAAUAAUCCCUCCUCCCACAACACAUUUAAAAUGUCAGCACUUUAAAAUAAACAUAUGCUUUGGAAUCAGUAGUCAUUAAAUUAUAUCUACCACUUUGAGAAUGUUUAGUUAGCUAUAAUGGAGAGUUGGUAAUCUGUUUCAUGUAAUUGAUGACAAUAAGUCUUUAUAUAUGCUGGAAACAAAUCAGACCUUUCUAAAACCCAGAAAUGUCAGAACAGAGUCACAUCUUCUCUAGAGGAUAAAAUGUAGUGCAUUUUAAAUAGCAACGAAAGAUACCACUGACAAGUAGGUUCAAACAAAACAAAAUUACUGGAACAGAUCAAAAUGAAGGUGGUAUGGCUAAUAAAAUAAUAGCAGUCUUGGGGCCUGUAAUUCCUCCUUAGAUUAGAUACAUGAUAUUUUGUUGGCACAGAGUUCAAACACUUAUUCCCAUACUAUUAGUAAUUUGACUUCAGUCAUGCACAGGCUUGUUGACAGCUAUUUACUAGAAAUCUCCUGUAAAGUUGGGAAGGUAGACCAGGUAUCCUGCUGUGCAGCAAUAAAGGUAUUGGCAUACCAGCUGCAAGGGCUAUUUUUAGCUCAAGCUUUAGGUUUAUGAUGGCAUUGCGUAUUAGUAAUAAGCGCAGUAAAAUUUCAAAGUAGUAGAAACCUGAACAUAUUCUGGCAUUAUGCUGUUUUGUUCCUCCUUUGAGCAACUGGGAAUUUAGACCAUUCCAUCCAUCCCGAGUGUGGUAUAAUGUGUACUGUUUUGAAUAAGCCUUCUUGUAAAGCUAAAACUCUUCUACUACACAAUGGUCUGAGGACCUCAGGAUCCUGGCUGCAUUGGACAUAUUUCAUAUAGACAUCAGUUUUUUUGUGGAUACAUAGCUUGACAUCUGGAGGGCUUAUAUUGACUUAUAUGUUUAACUUAAGAUAUGUGUUAUAUGGUUAUGAUGGUUUUCUAUUACCGACUAUGGUUUUCCAUUCCUAGUAGCAUUAUUGAUAUAUUUUCCAUUUGCUUAAUUUUAUUUAAUUCCAUUUUUAAUUCACCCUGCCUUUCCCUUGUUCAGUUUUCAAAAAUAAGAAUUUAAAAAUGCUCCUCUUAAGGCAGCUGAGAUCUACCCACAGAAGAGCACUGUUCACUAAAUGCUGUUGACUUUUUUAAAGUCACAGGCAGGGAACUGACCCAGGACUGGGAAAGUGCAUGCUGAGUAGAAGUUUGAUCCAUUUGAGCCACCAUCCAUCCUUAAAUACAAUUCCACAUUAUUGCUCCCACAUCUGACAGAAGAACAUGAGCAAUGUCUUGGCAUUUAGUAUUGACAAAAGCCUAUAAAUCUUCUAAAAUUAAACUGUCCAUUAUACUCCCAUUCAAAUCUUCAUUAAUUACACACAUAGUCAUGUUUAUGAAAAUAGUAUUAACAAUAAGAAUAUAAUUUCAGAGUACUGUACUAAUGUAUUUAAUACAACAGUAGGUUAAAUUAUAGUGUAUUUUAAGACUUCUCUGCCAAGGGCAAUAAAUUUAACAACAUGGUUAUUAAAACCUUUGUAUAAAACAUCAUAAGAACAAUGCAGACUAAACUAUUCUUGCAUCUGAAAAGCUGGAAUGCAAAGAAGUUUUUAUUCUUUAUUGCCUCAAGUAAAAAUUCUGUGGAAACAGAUAAGUGAUGACAAAGCUUUGAUGUUAAUAAACCCAAAUGGAAGUCAAAAAUCAAAGUGUGUAAACGGCUAGGUUAUAAAAAGAGAGAUGACAGAGUUAUACCCUGUAAUUAGGUGUAAUUUGUGCUUUUGGCACAGCUAUUUGUCCUGUAUGAAUGAGAGGCUGUCUUACAUUUUCUUUGCUUGUAUAAUAGAAUUACAGUACUGACACAUCUACUUAAACAUGUACAGGGUUUCUUUCUUUCUUUUUAAAGUAUUUGACAACAGCAGCACCCCCUCCCCCCUUGAGAUGCCUGACUUGGAGAUACAUAGCUUUAAAAUCAGAAAACUCGAAGCAGCAACUUACCUGGUGCAGGUAUUUAGUAGAAAAAGUAGUAGCAAAGUUUUGGUGUGGUAGUAAAAUGCAGGAAAACCACAGUAUACCUUUCUGGCACAAGUCUUAACCGCAGAUGUACCACGAGUUGUCCACACAGACAAGAGAACAAUUGAACAAUUCAAUUAAAUAAUUUUGUGACCUUGCUUGUUUAAGAGCUGCCUAAAUACUGUCUGAUCAGGGUUUCAAAGUAAUUAUAUACUAAAAACAACACAAUUGUGUUGGCUGUGCUACUGGUCUGGGUUCCAUGUAAUUGCAGCAUCUGCAGGGUUAUCAACUUCUUCUGCAACUGGAAGUUGAGAAGGAAUGAGAAAGAGAAAUAUUUUAACAUCAGUGAAACUAGGAUUUUAUGUUGCAUUUUUGUAACAUUUUUGGUUGGUUAUUAUUUACAAUAUUUAUAAAAGUGUCCUCAUAUUUUCUGUUAAAUUGUCAUCAUGCUUAACUCUCUAGUAACAAUUUAACAACAAUUUAACAAUAUAGUCCCAAUUUUGUAUUGCUGUUUCAUUAUUGCCUGUGCUAAAAUUAUACCCACGUAUUAACACAGUACCAUGUAUUUAACCUACAUGUCCUUCUGUAGGUUUCUAAAAGAGAGAUUGCUAAAUUCUUAGAUUUAAAUCCAGAGUUGCUUAAAAUCUUAAAUCUUAAAAAUGUACAGGAUGUGCUGCAGGCUCAAAAGUAGUACCAUUUAGUUAUAUGGGGCUUACUCCCAGAUAUGAAUGAGUAUUGGGCUGGAGCCUUAGUAAACCUUUCUUGUGAGUUACUUUACUUUUUCUUGAAUUGCCUGCUGAAGGCUUACCAAAAUCCUCUUAAAAUUUCCUAUAAAGCUUUGGUCAGAGGUCAUCACAAACUUCAUUGGUUUGUAAAUACUUUGUUGUAAAAUUGGUCAUAAAUUAGUGUAAUUGUUUUUUGCUUAAAAAUAGAACUGUCCUCUUGUGACAAGUGCCAUUAAAGUUACAUAAAUAUUGGGAUUCCAGUUAAAAAAAAUACAUGAAAAUUCUCUCUCCACAAGGUUUUUAAACUGUUUUUUUAAAAAACAUUUGGGGAAAACAUAAAGAGGUAAGUUUGAAAUCAUGAAAAAUUAGGAUAGUAUUUCCUGGAUUUUGUGUCAACAUUUGCUUUAUUCCUGCUAGGCAGCGUACAGAUUAGAUAAUAAUGGCAAGCAACUAUAUACGAGAGGAAAACUAGCUAUCUGGAACCACCAUAGCUUACCCUUGAUCCUGGAAAUAGGAUCAGAGACAUCCAAUGCUGUGGGGUAUAAGAAGUUCAUUCCUACUAUGUGCUUGGCAUCUUUAUAAAUUGUCUCUUUUUAUAAGGACCUAGUACUUCAGUCAGGGUAAAAUGCACCCCCCAGGAGAUAGCACAGGGAGGUGUCCUGGUUUAGUUAAGAAGUGAAAUUACAGGGAAUCAGGCAGAGGGCCUUCUCGGCGGUGUCGCCCUCCCUGUGGAACGCCCUCCCAUCAGAGGUCAAGGAGAUAAAUAACUAUACAACUUUGAAAAGACAUCUGAAGGCAGCCCUGUAUCAGGAAGUUUUUAAUGUUUGGUGUUUUAUUAUGUUUUUAUAUGGGUUAGGAAGCCAGCCACCCAGAGUGGCUGGGGCAACCCGGCCAGAUGGGUGUGGUAUAAAGAAUAAAAUUAGGAGUAAAAAGUUAGCUAUGAAAACUAAGGCGAUCUAGUUGUUUAUGGUGUGUUAGGAGUCCUGGAUUCAAAUCGUUGAGCUGCAGACAGUUUGGACAGUUCUGCACAGCUGUAACACUCUGCUCCGUUUAAACAAUUCUAUACUUGUGCAAUAGACUUCCACUAGCACAAAGAGGAUUUCCCCUUCCUCUUCGCUCUCCUGCAGCACCCUCCAUACCACACAAAACUUCUGCAGAUGUUUGGGGGACCCACUGGAGCAGAUUGGGUAUGGGUGACUUUUUUGUCACAUUUAUCUUAUUUAAACUUUUUUAUUCUGCCCUUUAUCAUAUUACAUUUCAGGGUGACAUUCAUAGAAUCAUAGAGUUGGAAGAGAUCACAAGGGCCAUCGAGUCCAACCCCCUGCCAAGCAGGAAACACCAUCAGAGCACUCCUGACAUAUGGUUGUCAAGCCUCUGCUUAAAGACCUCCAAAGAAGGAGACUCCACCACACUCCUUGGCAGCAAAUUCCACUGUCGAACAGCUCUUACUGUCAGGAAGUUCUUCCUAAUGUUUAGGUGGAAUCUUCUUUCUUGUAGUUUGGAUCCAUUGCUCCGUGUCCGCUUCUCUGGAGCAGCAGAAAACAACCUUUCUCCCUCCUUUAUGUGACAUCCUUUUAUAUAUUUGAACGUGGCUAUCAUAUCACCCCUUAACCUCCUCUUCUCCAGGCUAAACAUGCCCAGCUCCCUUAGCCGUUCCUCAUAAGGCAUUGUUUCCAGGCCUUUGACCAUUUUGGUUGCCCUCCUCUGGACACGUUCCAGUUUGUCAGUGUCCUUCUUGAACUGUGGUGCCCAGAACUGGACACAGUACUCCAGGUGAGGUCUGACCAGAGCAGAAUACAGUGGCACUAUUACUUCCCUUGAUCUAGAUGCUAUACUCCUAUUGAUGCAGCCCAGAAUUGCAUUGGCUUUUUUAGCUGCCGCGUCACACUGUUGGCUCGUGUCAAGUUUGUGGUCAACCAAGACUCCUAGAUCCUUUUCACAUGUACUGCUCUCAAGCCAGGUGUCCCCCAUCUUGUAUUUGUGCCUCUCAUUUUUUUGCCCAAGUGCAAUACUUUACAUUUCUCCCUGUUAAAAUUCAUCUUGUUUGUUUUGGCCCAGUUCUCUAAUCUGUCAAGGUCGUUUUGAAGUGUGAUCCUGUCCUCUGGGGUGUUAGCCCCAGUUUGGACAGUUCUGCACAGCUGUAACACUCUGGGGUGUUAGCCCCAGUUUACCAUGUAAACCACAGUAUCUGAAAAAAUUCAAAUCCUGUCUGAUGUGAGACUCAAAGAAAAAUGCAUUGAAUGAGCUCUUAGAAAUCAAAUGAAUUUUCUUACUUUGUAAAUUAUUUGUAAGUUUUCUUAGUUCAAGCUUGACUGGCAAAUGACAGUUGGUGCUGGGAAUUUAGUACACCCAUUUGUGGAUAUAUUGAGAUUUAAAAAUAACACAUACUUUUUAAAACAUCUAGAAGCUAGCUUAUUCCCUGUAACCUUUGUUUUGCAGAUGGAUUUAGAAAGUAUGCUGUAUUUAAAAUCUGAGCAUGGAUUUAGAGCAGCUUUGAAACUGUUCUUAUUGUGGCAGAAUAGAAAUAGUGUGACAUGACUACUUAAUCUUUAGCUGGGCCAGGGAUUCUUUAUACAUAAUCCCAUCUUUCUUAAAAGAUGGUAAUGCAAUGUAUGUAGUGCACUGCAAAACGGUUAAAGGAAAACUUGUUAAGCCCAGAGGCCUAUAAUGGAAGCAUUCAUUAAAUUGCUUUUGAAGAGUGCUUUGAGUUUUAACACUCAGAUUCGUUGUUCUGGAGUUUGUGAGGUCCUCUAGAUGUUGCGGAACUCUAACUCCCAGCAGCCCCAGCUAGCAUGGCUGAUGAUCAGGAAUGCUGUAAGUUGUAGUCCAAGAUCUGGAGGGCCAAGGGUUCCUUUGUUGUAUUGCUUCAUUUUGAUUAACAUUUGUAUCUUUUUAAAAAUGUGACUGCCAGCCCUCUUUAUAAAGAAAAAAAAAGGUGGUGUUGGAUUUAUUAGUUAAGCGUCAGUUAUCAGUGAGAGUUAAUAAAGCAUGUAGCAUCAUUAUUAAAUACAAUUCUCAUUCUUUUAGACCACUUUAAGAUUUUACUAUAGAAAAACGUUACCUAAUAUGAAAGUUAAAAGAUCUGCUGUUUGUUGGGAAGCUGAACUCUCUUUAUACUGGGUGCUAGAAAACUUGUUUUGUGUGUUAUGAUGGACAACAGAAGCAGCGAUCUUUAGUUGUUACCUUCUGUGGCUAAUGGCUCAUGUGUAAGUGGAGUGCACUACAUAUACUUAACACUAGCUUUGAUGUCUGAAAAAUCACUAAAGGAUAUUGUUUGAAAAACAAACCUCUUGCCAUAUUUGUCAGAACAAUGAAAUGAGCAUCUCUUGAAAGGAGCUAUCUUGCUGUAGGGUAUUGAAACAAAUGUUCCUCAGAAAUCUGAGUGAAUUGUAAGGAGAGCUCAGUUGCUUUAUUCUUUAUGGAAAUUUUGUCCUUGAUGAACCAGCUGUGUGGGCUCGCAUAGUUUGCUUCUGUUCUUAUGAAUGACUUGCUAAAAUAAAGAGAACUACAUUGGGUCAAGAGGUUGAACAAAAUACUUAGGGAAAUUACGAUCCUUCACUGGCAUACUCAUGGCACAUGCUGGUGGGAAAUGAUCUCUUGUGUGUGUGCCACUUCAUCAGAAUCAGUUAUCUAUAUGAGCAGGUUCUACAUCUCUAUAACUGAUUUAAAAAAAAGAAAAAACCCACAGAAAACUGUGUGAUUAAUGAAUUUGGGCAUAAUGUUUUCAUGUGCAUGGUUCUCCACUUCCAAGCAAAGGAGUGCCAGAGCUCAAGCUCAGUAAUAACUUUUAAUAAUGUUUUGCAUGGAGAAAAAUAUCUCAGUGGCCAAGCUAGGGAAAAUGCCUGCAUAGAAAUUAGUGACCCACUUUCAGUUGAAAUACACCCGGGCUAGAUGGACCAAUGUCUGACUUAGAUAGCUUUAAAAGUGGAAUGGACAGAUUUCUGCAGAAUAAGACUACCUCCAGUAUCUGCGUCUAUGCCUCUGUGUAACUAUACCUCGGGUUGAAGUCGCUUCAGGUUGAGGGUUUUCAGGUUACGCUCCGCGGUGACCCGGAAGUAAUGGAACGAAUUACUUCCGGGUUUCGCCACUUGCGCAUGCGCAGACACUCAAAAUGACGUCAUGCGCGGAAGCGGUGUAUUGCGAUGCGCAGAGACGCAGGUUGCGUUUGCUUCAGGAUGCGAACGGAGCUCCUGAACGGAUCCUGUUCGCAUCCAGAGGUACCACUGUAUUGCUAGAAAUAACAAAUGGGGAGAGUGCAGUUGCACUCAUAUCCUUUCAGCAGGUUUCUCACAGUCAUCUGAUCAGCCACUAUAAACCCAAGAAAAAUGAGGAAAAAGCAGCUCAGCUGAGCAAAGCAAGCAAGAGUCUUUUCUUAUCUUUUUUUUUUUGCUAGCCAUUAUGAGAAUUCUAGACCAAAUGGGCCUUUGGCCUGAUGCAGCAGGACUUAUCUUCUGUUCUUCUUGUAUUGGGCAACUGCAAAGAAGCCCAGUACCUCUCCCAGUACUUAUGCUUUGUGACCGAGGACUGUGAAAGAGUGAUGUACUGCCUAAAGCAGAUAUUAAAAUUGUAGAAGUUAAAUAAUGAUGCUUGUAUCCGUUGCUAUUUCUAUUAUGUGUCUAUUUUUGCCAGAAAAAUAUGUGCAGUUUAUGUGACCUUAAAAUGGUUGACUGAAAUCCUUUAAGGCAGAAGAUACCAUGCCACAGUAUAAAUAGCUGUAUAGGUGCCAACCAUAAAUAGGCAAAAAAUAAUGUGUCUGACUUUAGAGUCAUGUGGUUCAGUUGCAUCACGUUUGAAAAAUAACUGGGAGUGGACGGGUGCUGAAUUAAUGGUAUAGUUAAGCUUGUCAUUAAUACUUAUGGCGGGGUUCUUUUUUGGAAACCAUUAAUGAAACCUCAGCUUUUUAGCAGCUGCCACUUUAAGAAAGCACCUGAGAUCUUUAAGGUGACAAUAAAAUCAUUGCAACUUUUAAGUAGUCGAUGUUUUUUAAAUUAACAUUAUGCAGAACAAUGGUUAAGGAAGCACUAUUUAAUAUGAUGAAUCAACAAUUUUCCCUAGUUGCAGGAAUUGUAGGAAAUCACUCUGUAUUGCAAAAAAAAAAAAAAAAGUAAUACAAAAACUCCUAUACAUAUUCUAUGUGGUAGCAAAAAUAGUGAAGUUAAGUGAACUAAAAAAAUUUUUUUAAAAUCAAAUGGAGCUUUAACAGCCUCUGCUAAAAUACUUUUUAGAGCUAUAAACUAACAGAAUAACAGGUGCUCCAGCUUUUGUUCACCUAUACUUACGGAAAAUUCUUAAGCUGGUAGCUUGCUGUGUUUGUGAAGCCAACAGUGUAGGAGAGCCAUAAAACUAAGAUGAAAUACGCAACUAACUAUAUUUUAACAUCUAUUAUUUAUGCUUGCACAACUUAAUUUCCAUCUUAUUUGAACAACAUUUUGUGUUUUGUACACUUCAUCACAGAAUUUAGUUCAAAGCUCACAAAAUACACACAGUCCUGGUUUUUAAAAAAGUACCGUAAUACACAGAUUAAACAUGUACGUUGUUAAAAAUGAGUUUUCUUUUUGGGGGGGGGACUGUUUUGAAGGGAGCCCUUACUUUAAUUGUAUUUAUUUAAAUCUUUAGCAGAUUGUCUUAUAAAUCUAGGGUCAUGUACUUUGCGUGCCUUAAUAUAACUUAUGUGGUGAUUACAGAUUGUAUAAGGGCAUGCUACAAUACAUUUAUGGCAAUAUAAAAUUAAAAUGCAUGUGUCGCACGGUAUCUUGCCCAUUGCCAUUCUUCUUACUCUAUGUUGACUUCAUCUCAGAUAAUAAAAGGAAGACAAAAUAAAAAUCACAGGUUUUACAGGCUUUUGGUUCCCCAAUGUAUAGAUGUUUAUUUUUGGAGCAACAUUGAGAACAUAUGACUGGCUUUGUUGUUGUUGUUGCAUAGAUAGUAUUGUCAGUAAAGCAUUCUUGGUCCUCUUUAGUGGUCUGUAAGGGAAGAGCUAACUCAACUGCAUUUGGUAUGACCUAAAGUUUCUAGCUGUGCUGAACCUGUGCAUGGAGAAUACUUUAUUCCCACCAGAAGAAUAGUGUAACAUAAUAUGGUUGCAGAGGUGAAACCCUUAGAUAAACUCUCUGAAUCGACAGUUAUACUAACAAAUAAUGUAGUUCUUAUUUUGUCUGCCUUGCAAUAAAUUCAGGAAGGAAAUGUCAACAUAGUUCUUUCAUCAGAACAGUCUUAGGGGGGGGGUCAUUGUUGCAGGAUGACACCUUGUUGGUUUUCAUCUUUUGGGGUUAUGUCUGUACAUAAGGAAUAAAUGUGUGCAUUGCACAUGAGUGGCAAAACAGUUUCUGUCCAGCUUAUGAAGAAUUGUCUAAUGAAGAACAGAAAACACUUUUGGAAUGUGCCACAUUUAGCUCAAUCCAAUGUAUCUUUAUUUGGAAGCUUGUUCCAUGGGUAGGAUGCUGUUUGCAAUUAUGCUGUAGGCACAUCUGAUUGUGAGUUACGCUUGUAGAUGGUGUUCCAUCCACAUGCUCUGUUUGAAAUACAUGUGUGAAAUGGAUGGAAAAUAUUUUUUUCUUCCUUUUUGAGUGACCAAAUAUUGCAACAGACAUGGAGGGAAUGCCUUUUUCAUCACCUGCAACAAAUGAAUAGCUUCUACAUAUUUUUUGUUCCUAGGAAGCUGACUUCUCAGCAUUCAUUGUAUUGAGUUGGGAAGGGAAAGUAAAGGAAAUACUAUAGUCAGGUAACUGACCCAGCAGCUGGCAAAUGCAGCUGAUGUGGAAAAAUGUAAAACAGUUUGUCUGGGACCAGAAACUUAAAGGCACUAUGUGCCUAAAUGGAACAAUCAUUCAACACCCGAAAAGGAUUUUGAAAAGUCUUUGAUGGAACAGAAUCAUUGGGACCAAGCAGCUAGUUGCACAGCUGUAAGAAAGUUACUAGGCUGAACUUACAGAUGGCGAGAAUGCAAAACAAAAGGUGACAUAGUACAAGAGCUCUACAGUGUCACACAAUAUGUUCCGUUGAUCAUAAAAGGCAGGUGAUAUUGCAGCGUGGACAGUGCAAUUGGCAGCAAAGAUGAAUCAUGGACAUGGUAAAAAAUAUUAGCAGAAGGAGUUGGGGCAGAACACAGUUCUGUAAAGUGUGUAAAGCAUGUGUUAUUAGAAUAGCUGAAAGCUGAUUGCUUCCUUUUGGUACUUACUGCAUGUUGGCUUGGUAAUUCUUGUUCUCCUGAAAGGUUCAGGGCUGCUUCUCACAGUCCUACAGAAAGUGAUGCCUGGAUUUGUAGAUAUAUAACAUAUUAUUCUGUGUUAACUUCCUUUCAAAGCAGGCAUGGGUAUAAACCGGUGUGACAUAUUACUGAGUAACACCCUGAUACAAAUUCAACUCCUAACUGCACCCCUCUCAAUACACAGUUGAGAGUGGCCCUCCUGUGCCUCUGUUUUAACUGGUGAGAAGUCUUGCUUAGAACAAAUAUAUGAGAAGUGGGUAGCCUAUGAAUGCUAUUGAGUGAUUUCCAACAUUGGUCUUACUGAGAGUAGGACCACUGAAAUCAGUUGACUUGUAACUUAAAUCCAUUGAUUUUAGGUGCAUCCAUUCUCAGUAUGACUAAUGUUGGAUAUCACCCUCAAAAAAAGGCAUCAUUAGUAUUGAUUACUUUACCAGAGUACUUAUAUAUAAAUGUAUCACUUUAUUUGUUUUAAACUAAAAAUUGAGGUGACCAUUGACUGAAAAGCAGCAGCGGUUAUCAGGGCUGCAGCAUUUACCUGAUUUCCCAUCAGAGGCAUUGCUGUAGUUGCUGCUGUUGCUUCUUUGCUUCAUAUCCGAGUAAUAUUGUCUUCCAUGAACAUGGUCUUAACAGUGAGUCCGUAAGUGACUGUGGAGGCCAAUUCUGGAUCCACACAUCCUUCCACAGCAGGGACAUAGGUUUCUGGGCGGGAGCUGAUCACGGUGAGGGUUUGCCAAACGCGCCUUCCUCUUAGUACGUUUCUCCCUUUUGUCUUGAGUUCAAGCAUCUUCAAAGUCCAUGGCACCUUUGGUAAAGGCUGUUCUCCAGUUGGAGCGCUCGCAGGCCAGUGUUUCCCAGUUGUCAAUGUUUCUACUACAUUUUUUAAAGAUUUGCCUUGAGAGAGUCAUUAAACCUCUUUUGCUGACCACCAGCAUUACACUUUCCACUUUUAAGUAUGCUGUAGCAUGCUGGGAGGAGUAUGGUAAUGGUGAGGUCAGCAUGGUGCAGAUGUGCUGGUGGAGCCAACCCAGUCCUACCAAUGUGUUUGCACCAUGCCAGCCUUCUCUCUCUCUCUCUCUCUCGCUCUCUCUCUCUCUUCCUCCCAGGAUACCACAGUGAUGCCAGCAACAAAAGGUCAGGUAAGUAUCCUGCCCUACCAGUUGCUGCUGCUCAAAAGUCCCACCCUGCUUAGUGGAACUUAACCCCUGAUAAGUAUAUGUAGUAUUGCAGCCUGUAAUGCAGCAGUAAUGCAAAACACAUUUGUUCCCUUUUAAGUUCAUAGUAUCUCACCAGCAGGGAGACAGUCCCUCAAUACCAAGAACUUGUAAUUUUCCUUUUGGAGGUGUACUAACUCAAUAUAAUUUUAUGAUUGCUGUUUGCCUUCCUACUUAGGACUAUAUUCUUCUUCCGAUCUGAGAAGUUCAAGGUAGUUUACCCCUUUGUUGUGUGUGGUUCCUCAGAUGACGAGCACCCACCUCUGGCAAGCUCUCUAGCUGCUGCCAUUUUCAUGAGGCUGAUAGAAUGCCAAAUCAAACUAGUUGGAAACUUGGUUCAUAUGCACAAUAACUAUUUCAGCAGUAUCUCACAAGAAGAAACUUUUAUUUCAUCAUACUUCAAGUUUGUUGUUGUUGUUUAGUCAUUUAGUCGUGUCUGACUCUUUGUGACCCCAUGGACCAGAGCAAGCCAGGCCCUCCUGUCUUACACUGCCUCCCACAGUUACUUCUUUUAAUUCACAAUCAUAACUGGAAAUAUAUGCUUUUGCUCUGAAUGCAGCCUGAAAUUCACAAAAGAAAAUUCCCACCUUAAAGAAAGAUCUGCCUGCAUUUUAAAUAUGCUUAGAAACUCAUUCUUUCUGUUACUCAUCAGAAAAACAAAGUCAAUAUCAAACACUUUUGGAGAGGAGUAACAUGUGUUUUUUUCUUUCAAGACACGAAGGUUUUCCAGAAACCUGACAAAGAUUGAUGCAGGAACUCUAAAUUUUGAGACACCUGACACCUUUAUAGGAAUUAAUGACGAAAGAGAGGGACUGUUUGAACAUUUUGAGGUUUUGUUUUAUUUCCAACAGGUGCUGCUCUGUUGAGCAAAGUGGUUGAAAGCUUUUUCAAAUCAUACUUGGAUUACUGCUGCCUUUUCCUUUUUAAUUUCAUGGCAAUCCCUAUUUCUUUAGUAAUCCUUAAAAAGGCUGCACUUGUUGCUACUUCUUAUUUCAUUAUUUGCCAAAUGCGUGCAGAAAAUGGGAGAAAUGGGAGCUCCUCGCAACGACACUUUGUGCACCUGUCUAAAUGUCUUCUGUAACUGUAAGCAUAGGGUUGAACCCAACUUGUAAUGUGUUUGAGAGGCAUGGAGUUCUGCUCAUGCAGGACUUCCCCCUUCCUCUUCUCCCCUCUUUUGCAGCUCCCUCAUGCCCCCAAAUCUACCCCAGAGGGUCUCACCAUAGGUAUUACAUAAAACAGCCAAACACAUUGGUUUUCAUGGACUAACUUCAGCAUUGCCUAAUCAAAGCAUCACGCCAUUCAUUAUUUGUGUACUCAUUCACCACUAUGUUGUGUCAGUGUAGGGCAUUCCAGACAGUGCUGUGUGAACCUAAGGCAGCAACGACUGUGAAGCACUAUUAAAUGCCCAGGGUAGACUUAAAUGCCUUUUUAGACACUAUGGUCUCGUUCAUACAUGCCUAGGAUAUGAUGAAGGAGCCAGUGCAGGCCCGACUUCCCUCAUGCAGCUAACAACGGUGCAAGCACAUUGGUGCAAUGUCCUCAAAGGAUGAGGGGGAGGAGAGUACACUGGCAGGGACAUUAUAGAUACAUUAGUAGCUUGGGGAAGAGGAAGAGGUGUACACACUGCUGUCUAAUAGGCAUGUCUCUUGCACAUUGGAACUCUCUAAAGAAUACUCAGUAUCAACCUGAUGCAACAGGACAGUAGUACAGACAGGUUGUUUUCGUGCCUGAAUCAGUGCAAGCUACUUUGUACACCAUUGCAACAACAACUGGUAAUUUAACUAUCAAAGUGGAAUCAGUGCUGCACUUUCGGUACAAAUAGUAGGUCUGUAGUUCCUUCAUUUAAAAAAUUGGAUGUUUCCUUUAAAAACAGCCACAUAUUGCACUGGUCUUCCACAUUACAUGAAACUGAAAAGAGCCUUAUCCAACUUUUUUUUCUUGGUAAAAACUUCUCUGGCAAAAAAUAAAGCAAAAGUUUCUUUAUGGCUAAAUAUACUACCCCCAUUUAUAAAUAAAUACUUUGACAGCUUUGGAAAAAUGUAGGAGUACCUGAAGUCUUGGGAUGUUUGGAUACAUUUAUUGAGCAAAAGGAGAUGGCACCAAUUUACGUGUAACUUGACUCAACCUGUUUCACGCAUAGCUUUAUCCUUCUUCAAAUAAACAUUUUUAUACAGAAACUAUUUUUGAAAAAAAAAAAUGCCGAGAUGGAAAUAGUGUUGAAAACCUUUAGCAGGAGGUGAAAAGGAUUGCUUUGCUUUGAAUUCUGGACCUCCCAAGGAAGUUUAAUGGAGUACUUACUAUCAGUCUGCUUCCAAGAAUACAGGAGCUUCUGAUAAGAGCAACUUCAGUGGUAGGACUGGAGGCCUAGAAAAGGGAAACCUGCACAUUCUUUCUCUGAACAGUCCAUUAUGAUGGGUCAAGAUUUAACCCUUCUGUUAGCGGUACCAAAAGUAGGUGUAAAAAGUUUUCUGUUAACAUGUACUGCUUCAUACUCUCUUAUAUUAAAGGGUCAUUUGUUCUGUGAUGCUUCAUCUCUCCCCACUUUUUUUAACUUAACAGUUUCAUUAAAAUGGGACAAGGAGAGGGACAUGACAUUCCCUUUUAUAAAAGAAUAAAGAAUAUAAAGAAAAAUACAAAACAUAAUAUCAAAUACCUUUUUCCCCUAAACUAAAACAUUAAUUUAAAAACCGUAUUUUGCGCCCCAUAGGACGCACCGGCCCAUAGGACGCACCUAGUUUUUUGGGGGGGAAAUAAAGAAAAAAAAUUUUAUUCCCCUCCCCAGGUGCGGGGCUGGAAGAACCAGGUCGGGGAAAAGCGGGAAGGUGCGCUCCGCCUCCCCGCUGUCCCCCGAGCUUGUGGGGCUGGCGAUGGGGAGAGGUGCGCUGAGCCCGGGACUGCAGGCACCUCUGCGCAGCCAUCGGGAGCCAGGCGGGACUUCGCGCCCGGCUCCCGAUGGCCGCACAUAGCUGCGCUGAGCCCGGGGCUGCAGGCACCUCUGCGCAGCCAUCGGGAGCCAGGCGGGACUUCGCGCCCGGCUCCCGAUGGCCGCACAUAGCUGCGCUGAGCCUGGGACUGCAGGCAGCUCUGCGCAGCCAUCGGAGCCGGUCUCCUGAGGGUUACGCAGAGCUUCCUGAAGCCUGGAGAGCGAGAGGGGUUGGUGCACCGACCCCUCUCGCUCUCUAGGCUUCAGCGAAAGCCUGCAUUCGCCCCAUAGGACGCAUACACAUUUCCCCUUCAUUUUUGGAGGGGGAAAAGUGCGUCCUAUAGGGCGAAAAAUACGGUAUCUUACCAAAGGAAAAAAGAGAAGAAAAAGAGUAAGAAAGAGGGAAAGGAAAGAAAUAAGAAAAUAAUUUUAAAAAAUAGGAAAAGAAAGUACUUCCGCUUCUGUGUCUGCCAGUUUGACACACAAACACACAUACACCCUGCCCCACGUGCCACGACUGUUACAAACUUCAUGUGUUGCAAUCCAAUUUUACAGUCAGAGUGGAAUUUUAAAACUCAAUGGACUUUGAUAAUCAGGACAAACAACUCUGUUCAUUUCAGUGGGUCUACUCUGAAUAGAAAUGCAGAUUGUUAUGGGAGUAGAAACAAAUUGUAGUAGAUAGCUCUUGAAUAAUGAAGCUGACUGUUGGAAGAUUCAGGAGGAAAGUACUUCUUUUUACAGUUCAUACUUAAGUUAUGGAGGCAGUGAUGACCACCAACUUGGAAGGCUUUAAAACAUGGCUACACAAAUUCAUGGAGGAUAGGAUUAUUUUUUAUUGCAGAUUUAUGAAAGGAAGGAAGGAAGAAAGGAAGGAAGGAGAGAGGGGGACCCAACCAGCUCACAUUAACAAAACAAUAGCAGUCAAUGAAUGCAUCCACCUUAGUUUACUCAUAUAGCUUGAUAGAUGCCAUCCAAAUAGCCCAGUGAGACUUGUGUUUAUAAAAAGUGUGUUCACAUGAAUUCCUUCUUGUUUCCUUAUUUGUAUAUGUAGUUGCCAAUUGAUGAUGUUUUCAUUUAUCUUAUUUUUCUUUUAGAUAUUUAUAAAUCAUACUUCCAUAUAUAAUUUCACAAGGCACUUGAUUAAGUGUGGUCAAGUUUGCAGAAGCUUGUACCAUAAAUAGGUAAAGGGACCCCUGACCAUUAGGUCUAGUCGUGACCGACUCUGGGGUUGCGGCACUCAUCUCGCUUUAUUGGCCAAGGGAGCCGGCGUACAGCUUCUGGGUCAUGUGGCCAGCAUGACUAAGCCGCUUCUGGCGAACCAGAGCAGCGCACGGAAACGCCGUUUACCUUCCCGCCAGAGUGGUACCUAUUUAUCUACUUGCACUUUGUGCCUUCAAACUGUUAGGUUGGCAGGAGCAGGGACCAAGCAACGGGAGCUCACCCCGUUGCGGGGAUUCGAACCGCCAACCUUCUGAUCAGAAAGCCCUAGGCUCUGUGGUUUAACACACAGCGCCACCCGCGUCCCUGUGCCAUAAAUACUUGUCCUUAAAUGUGCCACAGGGCAUUACAGUUUGAGGCUAUGACUUCCAAGGUAGACUUGAGACCUGUCCCUUUCCCACUUAGCAUUGCCUGGAGGCUGAGAAGAGGGGGGAAGAGCAGAAUAUGCCAGUGAGAAUAGGAUCCCUCCCCUCUCCAAGCUAGCUCCCUGGAAAAUCUGGUUUAUUCCUAUCACGAGGAAAGAAAAACCACCAACACCACACUUCUGCAUGUGUAUAUCUUCUUAAAUCAGUGUGUGAAAAGAAUGAUUAUUGUAGUGUCAUUCUGAAGUAGUUCAAUGUGAUAACUUGCAGGCUGGAGUGUAAAUGUAUGGCUUGUUAAACAAGUUGGUUCCUGGCUUGUUAUAACUUGUGGACCUUCCCUGCCUUUGUGUUCUCUUUAGUUGUCUUUUGCUCCCCACCCCUUCAGUUUAUAUUUCAGGAAAAAUCUAAGCCAAGCUGGAGCUUGCUGGAUUAAAAAAGAAUAACAAAAAGAUGAACUAUGUAAAGCUUUUUAGCAGCCAGCAUGUAAUACUAGUGGCAUACAUAUUCAUUCAUAAUGCAAUAGCUUCCAGGGUACAGUUGGAAGAUUGAAAUACAAUUGUAACUGCAAACUUCCGUCUACAGCAAGCAUUGUCUCCCUAUUCUUGGUGGUUACCAUGACCUUUAAUAUCUUGUAUCAACAGUGAAGGGAUCCUUGUUGCACUUGGUGAUGCUUUAAACUUUACAUUGCAAAAGAAUGUGCAAGAAUUGGUUUGCAGCCACUUUAUUUUGCUAAUGUGCAUGUUGCUGCAUGGACACAUGGUUUACAUGCUACUUUCUAUGCUGAAUUGCUUCCGUGUACGAAUUGUAUAAUGUUUGCAGUGGUCCAUUGUUACUGUGCGUCAAGUUAGAGACCAAUAAGUGCAAUCUUACCUGAUAUGCAAAGCAUGGAAGGAUUAUGUUUGUCUCCUGAUAUACAAAGGUAGAGGUGAAGAGAGAAAUGUGACUUUUCCUCCAUGUCGUAUGAAAGACAAGGAAGAGCGUCCAUGGGGUUAGUGUGAAUUCUAUAUGCUGCCCCUAUAAGAAACUUGGCUGCAGCAUUCUGAACCAAUUGAGGUUUUAGAAUGGUAUUCAAGUGGAGCUCCAGGCAGAGUGCAGUACUGUAGUCAAGAUUAAAGAUGACUUAAGAUGUGGGUUGCCCUAGUGAGAUUGGAAGGUUUCAGAAAAGGAUGCAGUAGGUACCUACAGAAUUUCCAACCUGUCUGUGAAGCCAUUUUGCCCAAGCAGCAACCAAGGGUAAUGGGUUUGGAAGUACUGUGUAGCUAGGGAAGGAAGGAAAUUGUAAAAAUAUGGACAAGGAAAUAGCACUGCAAAAAGCAAGAAAAUGCUAGAGAGAAAAUUAAAUGAGCAGACACCAGGCAUUUAACAUGGAUUACAAAAUGGAUCCAAAUGCGUGAAACUUAUUUUCCACAGCUUCUUGUGAACAUCACGUUAUUAAUAACUAACAAGGUGCUUAACACAUUAUUUAUGGUACGUGUUAAGAUUUGAAGAAACAAAUGUGUAAAGCCUUUUUAUUCUGUUCCUUUGCUAGAACUAAAUGGCCUAUGAUUAAGAUCCAUUGUUCUCCUCUGAGAUACAUUUUAUAGGCUUCACAGAGGAUUGUUGUGGGGGGAAGCACAUUGUGUAUGUGCUGUUAUAGCCGCCUCAGGCCAGGUUUCCUACGCAGACCAAAAUGAGGAAAGCCAUUGUCUCUCCCCCCUUCAAAUAAAAUCAAUUAACCUAAGCAGAUUUAUAGCUCAAAUUAAAAAAUACACUUACAGAGAAAAGGGCUGCCUUGCAGCAUGUUACUGUGCCAGCCCCAGAGUAUGUGUGUGUUCAAAAAAUGCUCAGACAUAAAUUGCUUCCUUGCAGCUGAUCACUUGCCACGUCAAUGGAAGGGGAAGACACGUGCGUCACUUGAGACUUCUUUGAAGUGAUUCAAGCCUAAUACACCAUUAACUAUUAGAGAUCUGCCAUUAACAUUCCCAGUUAACACUGGAUGUCUAACAUAAAACCACAAAAGCAGUUACAUCCAGAGUUAAGGUUGAAACCCCAUCCUUCAUUAAUUCAGUUGGUGCCUUGCUAUUGUGGAACAUCUGAUAGGUGGGAACGCCCUUGCUGUAUGUAGACACAAUAAAACAACCAAAGUCAUUAGCUGAAAUUCUACCCUUAACAUUAACUGAACACAUUUCACUGUAGUGUAAUGGGUUUUUUUUCUAGUAUAUUGUUAUUAAAAUUGGUUGAUGUUCAGUCUUAAUUAUCCUUAUAGAAGUAUUCUUUAAAGGACCCUUUUUGGUACCAGUCCUUGAAAUAACUCUGUUUUUUAUAGUGAAUGGAAGGAGCUUUUAUGAAUUAGUAUGCAAUAUCAACUCUGUUUUUUAGCUUUCCUCUAUUUGCCAUUGCACUUGCCUUAUAGCAUUGACACUUGAAGCACUGCCAUUGAUGUGGCAUUCAGAGUAGGAGGUUAGCUUGAGUAGUUCAGAGUAUGCUGUAUUGCUGUGGCAUUGAAUAUUACGUUGCUGUGGAUACACUGAAUAAAAGCCAGUAUGGGUAAUUUAUUUUAGAAGGCAACAGGCUGCUGAGAAAAACCUCUACAUUGGCUGACCAUAUGCUGGACAUAAAUUGUUGAAUUCUUUUCAGUGUGUGAUCUAUAUUUGGCUAGGGAUAAAGAAGACUGGCCUCUUGUUGCUCUAAAAGCAAGAAGAGGCAAGGAAUCCACUGGAUUUCUUAGUAGUCUGAGGCAAUGCUUUUAAGGGUUUUAUUUCAAUUUGGUUUUUCCAUAAUUAAUUUCCUCCCUUCACAAUUCUUAUUCAAGUCUUCAGUAAAGUAGCAAACUAAUUAGGCUUUUAUGGUUCCUUCUGUUUUCUUACAACUUGGUCCAUCUCAGACAUUAACAAAUGUCUUGUUUAAAGCUGUGAUAAACAAUAAAGAAAAAUGAUGUGAUACUAUUUUGUUUGUAAUAAUUACCACAAGUGAGAUAUUCUUGUGGAUGGACUGCUGACACAUUUCAGAAUACUUCUGAUCUGCAUUCAAGUGCUGCAUAGUGGUUAGGAUAAGAUAUAGUAAAUAUGAAAAUAGAAUUGAACUUUUAAAAUCUGGCACUUCCAGUUGAAUAGAAUUAUACAACAAUUGCAGUAGAUAAAAGAGCAUGUGUGUUUUGGAAGGGAAAAAUGUGAAUCCUAUUUAUCUUGGAGAUAAUUCAAGAUGAAAGAUUUUUUAAAAUAAAAAUCUGACUUUUAUUUUAUUUUGCUGCUUUAUAAUGAAAGCAAUUUUUAUGACGGGCAAAAACUGAUACAAAUAUGCUGUAUAAAUCUGAAUAAUUCCACUUCUUUAAUCACACUCCCACAGCACACUCACCUAAUCAGCAUUCCCAGGCACACAUGUACACCAGCUUCUUUUGUUUUUGUUUUUUUGCCCAAAUGGGUUUGUGCAGUUACAAAUAAUUUUUUCCACCCCUGAACAGGUGCAUUGUCCUAGAUUUUAUAGUUGUUAUAACAAAUUGGCUUAUUAAAAAGGUGUAAGAUGUCUAACAUAAAAUGGGAACAUUUGGAGCACUUUAGUCCUGUUCUAAGUUCUAAGAUUUCAUUCCACUUCUACCUUAAAUAAGCACUUAAGCAUCUUACUAAAACUUCUGAAAGAUCAGUAACAGUUUAUCACUUUGAGAAAAAUAUGAAAGGAUAGAAGAUAUCUCCAGAAGCAGUGGAAAAAACGAAGUUCUUUCCAUUUUUUCCUCAGCUUUUUAUUAUCACAUUCCUCAUCAAAGACAAGCAGCCGUUUACAAGAAUUCUACUUUAAACAGUCCAAAACAGUGUCAUUAAUGUUGGCUAUAAAUGCCUUGAGACAAAGUGAAAUGCGAUAACUCUUCAUGGGUUUUGGUGUCUCAAUAUCCAUAACCACUAGCCAGAAGAUUUCAAAGCUCUUCAGGCUGCAAGCAGCUCCUUGGUGUUGAGGGCAGUUAUUAUUAUUAUUAUUAUUAUUACUGCUUCAGUUUCUGAGCAGAAAGCAGAAAGUGGCUUGGACUGCAAUCUUAUGCACACUUCACUGGAAGUAUAUUUUCUUGGAAGCAUUGCUUUGCUAGGGAAUAAUUGGGAUUUUUCAUUUUAAAAAAACCCAUCUGUUCUUAAGCGAUAUGUGCAAAAAAAUAGAUUUGGUUUUAAAAAGCUUGGCAUAAGAUGCUUAUGCAGGUUGCACUAAACUUCCACCUCUGCAAAAUUUGUAAAUGUCACACAAGAAUCAACUAAACUGUUGAUUUAUUUUCAUGCUGCUGUGUGGCAUGACUUCCAGGUACCAAUUGUUUGGCCAUUGUAAGUGGCAUAGAAGAAUGGAACUUGUAGCCAUUGGGGAGAUUGAAGUUGAAUUUGAGAGAGGUUUUCGUAUUUUACCUUUGUUUUAGGACAGAGUUGAGAGAGGGAGGGUGGCACACACAAAAAGUAACAUGGGAAGGGUGAGGACAAGACAAAGACGAAGGACUUUGCCACCCCAUUGUCAUUUUCAGUUUCUAACUUUAGACAAGGAAAAAUGGGGAGAAGGUAAUCUAUUGGAGACUAGAUCAAAACACCAGGAAGACCUUUCUGAUAGUAAGAGCUGUUCGACAGUAGAAGGGACUCAAAAGGUUGUGGACUGUCCUUCACUGGAGGUUAUUAAGCAGAGGUUGGAUGGUCAUCUGUUGUGGAUAAUUUAGUUGAGAUUCCUGUAUUGCAAUAUGAUAUGAAUUCUGAAGUUUAAUAACUUUCAAGUAUUGGUUUUUUACCUGAUAAUUAAAGCAACAUUCAUAAAAUCCUGUUUAGGAAGCAAAAUUCAUAAUCACAAGUCCCAAAUAUAUGGCUAGAUCAGGGAUCAGCAUUUUUUUUCAGCAGGGGGCUACUCCAUUGUCCCUCAGACCUUGUGGGGGGCCAGACUAUAUUUUGGGGGGGGGGAUGAUGCAAGAGCACCACGAGUCCCGGUGCAUGCUUACCUGUGUCCUGCGAGCAGCAGGGGCUGUUGGCGGCGGUGGAGCGAUGAUGAGUGGCGCGCAAAAGGGCUCUGGAGAGGAGCUGCUUAAAAUGGCGGCCGCUCGAGUGCUGCUGCUGCUGGCACCAACAAAGCCCAGCCCCCUUCCUCUUCUAGGCAGGGUGGGGAGAAGCCAGGAGGAGGCGCCAGCGCCGUGUGAGGGAGAGACAGGGAGAGGGAAAGAACGCGCAUUCUGGCGAUCCACGCAAUGAUUCCCGGACCGUCCACAGGCCAAAUCCAGAAGGCAGUUGGGCCUGAUCCAGCCCGCAGGCCUUAGUUUGCCGACCCAUGGGCUAGAUGAUUGAUAUUCACAAACUGAGGCAAAUGACUUCCUGCAACAGAAUAUUUAUACCAUAUUUUCAAAUACACCCAAGAGGAUAAAAGCAUUUUGCAUAUUAACAACUCUGGUCUUUUGUGUUAGAGAUGCAAAUGUAAUGUGGUGUAUAGUUCUUGGCCCUCAGCCCUGACGGAUGAUUGUAUAUUACGGGUUUUUAACUUCACAUAUCUUAAAACUGGGGCAGGAAAACUCAGGCCCUCAGUUGGAUUUGGGAUUUGAACUGGGUCCACACACAGUUUUGCAAACUGCUGUGGAAAGUCCCCUCAGUUUCAAAAAUGAGUUGCUGCUGCAAAAUGGGGAGGAAGGCUGCUUGACAAAAGAACUUUAAACUUCGUUCGUUAACUCAUGGCUGCUGACUGUGACAGUCUGCAAGUUUAACUGCUACUUUCUCCCUCUAUUUCAGAAGGAGGAUAAUGUCGAUGAAGAGAUGGCGGAAAAGCUGUCCAUCCGAAAGCAUCGUUUUAUGCAGUUUGCUUCCUUGGAAUACGAAGGCGAAUAUUACAUGACUCCAAGGGACUUCCUGUUUUCAGUGAUGUUUGACAAAUCCGGACGUAAGUUUCUGGAGGGUUUUUGUUUGUUUGUUUCGACUUUGCUGUUAAAUGACUGUUAAUUUGUGAGUUGUUAUUCUUAUUGUGAGGCUUCAGUUUUUUCAAAGCAGGAAAUCUCUUUGCAGAAUCACUUAGCCCAGGGUAUUUCCAGCAUGGGGACUGGAGAUUGCCAGUAGGCCUCAGCCCUCUUUUGGGCAGCCCUCGGCACUGUACCCCAUUGCAUGGCCGUGAUACAGCCUAUUGAUUGAACCGAUUACAGCAGCUCCCAGCGGGCUCAGAACAUGGGUACACAUUGGAGAGGGAAUUAACUAGAGAGAAAUGCAGGGGCGAGGCUGAACCAUGCCAUGUUGUGGGGACAACAGGAAAGAGAUGAAACUGACAGUGACCAACCAAGUGCGAGGGAAGGGUGAGAAAGAACACAAGGUAUAAAGGAUGAGGCUGAGGAAGCGGGAAGCUCUCCCAGGUGAGAAUUGGGAAGACUCACUUCUUUGUAUGUGGAUUGAAGAUUAAAGUAUAGCCAGUGCUUUUUUGCUAAAAAAAUGUUUAGGGGUACUCUCAUUCAAAUUGGGAAAAAUAAGUAUAGUAAAUGGACAAAAGUACAAAGAUUCACAAAAUGUUUGGGGGUAGCGCACCCCCAGAAAAAAAGCACUGGGUAUAGUUAUGACACAGGGCUACAUACAUAUAAUUUUGUGUUGUUGCUAUUAUUAUUGCUACUAUUUUAAAGUUUCCUAUCUCUCUGUUCCUUUCGUCUACUCCUUCUUCUCUUUUUCUUUUUCUCUUUUCUUGUUUUUUCCCCCUCUCUCAUCUCUCUUUCUUGUAUUUUUGAUUCCAUUUGUUUUAGAUAUUGUUUUAUUGCAUUGUGAAAACUUUAAUAAAAAUCUUUGGGGGGGGAAGGAAGUAUAAAGGAUGGAUGGGCUGAUGAAGAGGGAAAGACAAGCCCCUGCAGCUACUGCUGCACUGUCUGGCCCCACCACUUCACAUACAUACUCACAACCCAACAACCCAGUCCUCUUUCCUACCUUGUAUCGUCCCAAGUCAAGAAGCCUCUCCUAUCUCCUCUGAGGGGAAAGGGCCAGAGACGGCAUUGAAGGAAACUGGAAGAAGAUCCUAGGAUUCUGUGAAAAGGUUACUACAGUGGUACCUUGGUUCUCAAACUUAAUCCGUUCCGGAAGUUCAUUCCAAAACCAAAGCAUUCCAAAACCAAGGUGUGCUUUCCCAUAGAAAGUAAUGCAAAAUGGAUUAAUCCGUUCCAGACUUUAAAAACAACCCUUAAAACAGCAAUUUAAUAUGAAUUUUACUAUCUAACAAGACCAUUGAUCCAUAAAAUGAAAGCAAUAAACCAUGUACAGUGGUACCUUGGGUUAAGGACUUAAUUCAUAGAAUCAUAGAAUCAUAGAGUUGGAAGAGACCACAAGGGCCAUCGAGUCCAACCCCCUGCCAAGCAGGAAACACCAUCAGAGCACUCCUGACAUAUGGUUGUCAAGCCUCUGCUUAAAGACCUCCAAAGAAGGAGACUCCACCACACUCCUUGGCAGCAAAUUCCACUGUUGAACAGCUCUUACUGUCAGGAAGUUCUUCCUAAUGUUUAGGUGGAAUCUUCUUUCUUGUAGUUUGGAUCCAUUGCUCCGUGUCCGCUUCUCUGGAGCAGCAGAAAACAACCUUUCUCCCUCCUCCAUGUGACAUCCUUUUAUAUAUUUGAACAUGGCUAUCAUAUCACCCCUUAACCUCCUCUUCUCCAGGCUAAACAUGCCCAGCUCCCUUAGCCGUUCCUCAUAAGGCAUCGUUUCCAGGCCUUUGACCAUUUUGGUUGCCCUCCUCUGGACACGUUCCAGUUUGUCAGUGUCCUUCUUGAACUGUGGUGCCCAGAACUGGACACAGUACUCCAGGUGAGGUCUGACCAGAGCAGAAUACAGUGGCACUAUUACUUCCCUUGAUCUAGAUGCUAUACUAAUUCAUUCUAGAGGUCCGUUCUUAACCUGAAACUAUUCUUAACCUGAGGUACCACUUUAGCUAAUGGGGCCUCCUGCUGCCGCCGCACGAUUUCUGUUCUCAUCCUGAAGAAAGUUCUUAACCCAAGGUACUAUUUCUGGGUUAGCGGAGUCUGUAACCUGAAGCGUCUGUAACCCGAGGUUCCACUGUACUGCUGUCACACAAUCAAGCGAUCAGUAACUGAACUGGGUUCCACACAGUCACAAAAACAAAGAGAGAGAGCCGCAAAAACAAAAGCGCAAAAUAAAUAGACAGACCUCAGCAUAACACUCAAAACGGAAGUGUGGCACUCAAAUUGGAAGCGUAACCCUCAAAACGAAGCACAUUGUGAAGAAAGUUCGCAAACUGGAACACUGGGUUUGCAGUGUUUGGGUUCCAAGUUGUUUGAGUACCAAGGUGUUUGAGAACCAAGGUACCACUGUAUUUGGUGGUGGUGGUGGUGAUAAUGAUAAAGACUGGGAAUGUGGAGGAGGAGGCUGCAAAGAGGAAAACCUGUUACAAGAGGAAGAAGAGGAUGAAAAGCGCCUGGCUGGUUUUGGGGGGUGGGGCUGGGUACAAAUUGUGAAAGGAGAAAAGCAGAAGAAAUGGCAGGAUAAAAGUAAAACUACUUUGAGGCGCAUGUGGGGGAGAGAGGGAAAUAAAGCGACACGUCUUCCACACCACGUGCUGUGUAUGCAAAAGGUCCCAAGCUCAAUUCCUAUAUGGUAAAGGAUCCCUUCUUAAAAUACUGUGGAGCUGCUUCCAGCCACUGGAGAAUACAAGUGGAAAAUGCAUGCAAGUGGGAUUUAUAGUUCUAAUUUGCCUGGUGUUGCCCUACUUAAAUAAUAGGUAAAGAAAACUUUAAGUUACAGAAAAAUUCAGGGAAAGAAUUAACACCUUCCUCUUCUCAUUUGGCAUUCUAACUUCAUCACUAAUAGUUGGAUGAGGAUUCCCAUUGUACAAAAGGUUUUUCUUCUUCUAAGCAUCCUUUGUCACUUGUAAGCUCUUUUUAGCUGCAUGGAAAUAAUGUGUGUAAGCUCUACGCAAAAGUACACUAGUUUAAUCCAUCGCAAUUAUAAUACUACUAAUUCAGCACUGAUGUCAAGUUUAAUUUGGAACAUUAGUGCAGGGAGAUGAUAGAUGGCAGAAAAGCCCAUUGUUAAAAUUUAUAUGGCAAAAGACCACACCUACCUACAGCAGUAUAAAGCUGAAAUUUUUACUCUUGACGUGGGUGCAAUUGUCGGCUAACACUUACUCUCUUGACCUGUGGAAAAUCAUUUUUGCUUGUAUGUGUACCUUUACGUUUAAGGCCGGAAAUGGCCCUUUGCCCGUAACAAAAUGUACCUGUACCUGGUUGGUGCUUCAUCGUUCUUCUGUUUAAAAACCAUAUAAUGGAAUCUCCAAGAAAGGUGGGGAUGUUUUGAAAAACAUUCAGUUUUAUUUCCUGAGCCAAAAUUCCAUCGCAGGCUUGGAAGAUCUGAGGCUUGAAGUAGUUUCCAUUCCUUCAUGCACAUAACAAUUAAAAGAGGGGGGGAAAGAAACAUUGUAUUUUAGAGCGUUGAAGGUUACAUUUUAUUGCAGUAAAUAAGAUGAUGAAACUUGGCCUUCGGUUUGCAUGAGUAAACGUACUCAGAGUGAAGAUGAUAAAAUUGUAGAAAAGUUGAGUCUUUCGCCGAACCUACUUGGUGUCAACCCCCAGAUGCAUUCCAAGAUUAUAAAUUGAUUCCCAGUACUUCUACUGUGUAAUGGAAUGCUGCAAUAAAGUGUCACGCCAGAUAGCUUUCACAUACCCUUUGCAUUCAGGAACUAGGAAUACUGUGGAAAAGACACAGUGGAAGAACUUUUUCCCCCUCCUUUCUCCCCACCUGAAAAAAUGCCUUGUUAAACAGGCUGAAGUUUUAAAAUGCAUUUAUUCUACAGCAGUCUCACUGAAUCAGUGGCACUGCUUUGUAGUAGUAAUAUUUAUAACUCGCUGCUGAAAUCUCUUGCUUCAAGACUUACUUUUUUCUCCUCUGUCACAUGUCCAUAAAUCUCACAUAUCAAGCUGUUUUACUGGGUUUUUCUAGCACCCAUAAUCUUUUGUGUAACUGAUUCUGCCUCUUAUUGUCUAGUACCCUUUCCCUGAAAUCAUUCCAGUGUUCAGAGUCAAGUUGCUCCCCUCCUGUGUUGUUCCUGCACUUACAGGACCCUGGACACCAUUAAAGCAACUGAAGGGUUGAAGCCCAGCUGAGUUGUAAAUGCGCUCAUGGGUGUUCUAAUGUAAGUGUAUCCAGAAGGCAUGUUGAAUCAGAACAGAGGGCUUCACGUUGGGCUGCAUUAUUCUCGACAGUCUUGUGAAUAUUGAUAGCAGCCUGGUUAAGAUCACAUUCUGCCCAACUCUCCCAACACUGCAUCAUACUUCUAGUGCAAGGGUGGGGCAUAUUCCCUCACAAGCAACCUUCCAGGACCUUCAUGGCAGGGGUGGGCAGGACCGUCUGCAAAAGUGAACAGAGCAGCAGAUGCAACAUUCCUGCCACACACGAGCCAGAAGGUUUUACAAAUCUCCCACAUCGCUAGAUAGCUCAGUUGGUUAGAGCGUGGUGCUGACCACACCAAGGGCACAGGUUCGAUCCCCAUAUGGGGCAGCUGCAUAUUCCUGCACUGCACUUCGGCUAGAUGAUCCUCUGGGUCCCUUCCAGCUCUGCAGUUCUGUAAUCCUGGCAAGAAAGAGCCUUUGUCACUGUUCAACAACAGGUUCCAGCCAGGCAAAAGCAUUGGAGGAGAGCAAGUGGCAUUUGGCCCAUGAGCCAGGGCUUGCCCACCCCUGCUCUGUUGUGAACAAGAUACACAACCCAAGUUAGGGCUGUGCAUAUAGGACUGAGGUAUCUUCACGGCUGUGGUGACAGGGGAGCUGGCUUUGCCUCCUCCCCUUGCUGUAUCUGUGCGCACCUUUUUCUUCUCUAUGUGAAUAAGUGCUUGAUUCAAAGUGCUGUUUUUGAGCUAUAAGGCAUUAAACGGCUCAGGACUGCUAUAUCUCAGGGAGUGUUUCUCUCCAUAUGAACCGACCUGGACCCUGCGACCAUCAUCUUAGGUGCUUCUUUGUGUACCUCCUCCACGAGAGAUCCAGAACAUAAGAACAGACCUCUUUAACCAGGCCUCUGGCUGAUUGAUAUCUCAUGCCCUUUUAAAUGUGCUGGGGGGGUUAUUGGUUUGUUUCUGUUCUUGUUUUUCUUAUGCAUUUUGGGUUUUUUAUAUUGUAAUUUUAUGUUGUGUACUGCCCUGAGAUCUGCAGGUAUAGGGAGGUAUACAAAUGUAAUAAAUAAAAAUAAAAAUAUUUGUUGUGGGGGAGGGUGUGCUAAGUUUGAGGUCUGUUCUGGUAUAUAGAACCAUGUUCCAGAAACUUACCCCCUCCCCUUAUGCCAUUAAGAGUUGAGUUUGGGAGUGGGCAGGGAAUAUAACUCUGCAACCCUCACUAAUCUCAUCAACAUCGUGUUGUUCGGAUGCCUGAUUAUCAUCUUCUAGAGCAACUACUCUGUUCCCAACUUAAGAAUGGAAAGUGAAAUACCGGUAGACAACAAAAGAGGUUCAAGGACUCACUCAAGGCAAAUCUUAAAAAAUGUGGUAGAAACACUGACAACUGGGAAACACUGGCCUGCGAGUGCUCCAAUUAGAGAACAGCCUUUACCAAAAGUGUCAUGGACUUUGAAGACACUUGAACUCAGGACAAAAGGGAGAAAUGUGCUAAGAGGAAGGCACAUUUUGUGAUCAACUCCCACCCAGAAACUUAUGUCCCCACUUGUGAAAGGAUGCGCAGAUACAGAAUUGGCCUCCUCAGUCACUUACGGAUUCACUAUUAAGACCAUGUUCAUGUAAGACAAUCUUACUUGGCUAUAAGUGGUUGCCAAAGAAGAAAGAAGAAGAAGACUUCCAAAUGUAUCUCCAUGGCCAAAGGUCAUGGAGGCUAGGAGAUGUGGUGCAGCACAUCUGGAAGGCACUAGGUUGCAGAAGGCAGAGGGGCUUUCCAACUUCCCAUUCAUGAAAGACAAACCAAGCAUAAGUCAGUAUUUAAGCCUCCAUCUCACAUUAUUUACCUAGUUCUCACUCAUUGCAUUGGCACUACUGCAGCAGUGAAGGAGGAGAGAGGAGCGCCCCAUCAUGCCUAAGGAAGGGGAGGGUAUAAAAACAAAGCAUGAGGGGCCAUGGCUUGCCAUAUCAUUGCCAUUUGGUCCUGCUGCCCCCAAAGGCAACCACUGUUUGCAGUGAUGGUCUUUUACUGUAACCUGCGAUGAUAAGUCUUUUGUUGCCCCAUGAUGACUGCUUUUUGUUAUCCUGGUUCUAUGCACAACAGGUGAUGCAAUAAAGUAGAAAGUUAAGUUAAUAAAAAGGAUAAGAAUUACCUAAAAGUUUUAUUUUAUUUUAUUUUUGUUCGUAUUGCAGGAACAUUUGAACAGGCUGUUCCUAUUAGUUCUGAACACGGUGCUUUCCUGAGCAUUGUGGGAAUUAGAAUAUUUUGAAGUUGGCAGUUUGGUUCUGUUUCAUAUUACUUCCAUUUUCCCCAUAAAAGAAUCUGAAGAAAUGCCACAGAACUUGAUCAAAGUUUUGACUUGCAGAUGAUUGAGUGAUUUUUUUUUCUUUUACAGGUAAAACUUUAGCCAAGAAACUGACAAAAAAGGUAAGCAAAGUGCUCCUGCUGUUUUUCAAGAGAACACUUGUUCUUUCUGCUACUUGUUUUAAUGGAUUCCUGUUUCACGACUAACUUGGUAUUUAUUUUGUUUGUUCAAAGGAGGUAGAAUCGACUCUAGGAAAUGUUGCAAAGACUAAACCAGGGCCAACUUUUUUUAGAGACCUCGGAGAUAAAGGUAAUGGCUUAAGUCAUUAGUGGAAUUUGUUUCUAAGGGAACACUGUUCAUUUUUAAAGAAGAAUUCUCAGGGUCUGGAAAUUCUUAUUGAUCUGUGCAGGCUGAAAUAAAUUAUUUCUUUAGGUAUUGUAGCUGUUUGUAAGAUUGGGAAUGUAAAUUUAGGAAAGGGAGGCAUAUUUACAAAUUCAUUAGAUUACCCCAAAGAACUCUGGUUAGCAAGCAGUGAGACUUGAAAGUCUAUGGUUCAUGUUUUUUUAAGGAAACCAGGAUGUUGGAGAGCAAUAAUUCUAAAAAUCAUUUUUGAAGUGUACUACAAUAUGGGAAACCAUGCGAUCCGUUAGGGGUCCCUGGGCUACAUUUACAUUGGGGUAUCAUUAAAUUGAGCUCUGCUCCAUGCAUUGACUAGCUGGUACUAGAGAAGAUCUGCAUGGCAAUGUGCUCCAAGUGACUUGGGUGCCUUUGAUUUGACAUCCCAUGGCCAGUGACUAAAGUGUGGCUUGCAUACAUUACUUUUAUAUGCAAAGGAUAGCUGUCACCCAAAGAAGGUUGUGAAAUUCCACCAGAAAAGGGCUGGGGGCAAGUGGUCGAGAGGGUGGAUGGAUCCUCAGUUCCACUAAUAGCAGGAGAUGAUCCAUAUCAUCAACAGAGCAUCUGUCUAGGGAUCUGCCAAACCAACCCAAACAGCACAGAGGGAAUGUACCCUGUAUUGAGAAGAAGGUACAUAACAGCUUGCACACAAAUAAUGAAACAUACACAUGCCCUUGAUCCUAUGUUGUUUGAUCUGAAGGAAAACCGAAAGCUAGGAUUAGGGCCCCUUUAGGGAAAGACAGCAUGUCCUGUUACUACAUGGACACAAGCAGGGAGAACAUUUGUUUAUGUCCAUAGCUCUUCUAAUUCCAGCUUACAUGUUCUUAAGACUUGUGUGAAUCUGUGAUCUUUAUACAGGCUUAACAUUUCUGUAGGAUCCUUGGUUAUCUUCAGUUACGGUGAUGAUAUUCCACUUUAUUGAGCUGCUUAUUUGAAAGGUAGAGAUAUUGCAUGGAAUCACCUACAAGCGUAGUUUAUUUAUUCAGCACUUUUUGAAUGGAUUUGGGCUCCCCCUCCCACCUCCUCACUAAGCCACUUCACUGUUCUCUAAUUCUGAGGCUUCACUCUUAAAACAUUAUGGAUUUUUCAAAGUGGGGACUCUUUAUUUCUAAGCAUCUAGAAGAAGCUGGGAAUCCACAGUUUACCCCAUACCAAUACCUUACCAAGAGCAUGAACACUCAUUGGAUUUUAGUUGAAGACAAUUAUGCCUCCUAGUGGAAUGUCUGUAACUCCCCAUUUUAUCAUUUAUUGUUAAUUUUGUGUUUUGUGUGUAUCUAAAAUUUUUGAUAAUUGCAAGUAUAAACGUCACAAUUUUUAGCCCUCUUUGUUAGAAGUUAGAAAAUACCGUAUUUUUUGCACCAUAACACUCACUUUUUUCCUCCUAGAAAGUAAGGGGAAAUGUCUGUGCGUGUUAUGGAGGGAAUGCCUACGGGUGGCAUGCCUACGGAUUUUCCUCCUCUAAAAACUACGUGCAUGUUAUGGUCGGGUACGUGUUAUAGAGCAAAAAAUACGGUAAUUACACUCAAAUUAAAAGGUUUGGUUCAUGUGUGCUGCAUCAUCACCAUCUCACUGUGUUAAAGUUCUGUAAUUUUUAAUUCUGAUCACAUGGAUACAUGAUUCUUUUCUUUUCUAUGAUUGCACCUUUGUAAUCUUUGAACAAAAUAAAUUAUGUUUGCUGUUUUGAAAUAAAGCACAUUCCAGAAAGGAAUUCCGUUUAACAUUGGAUAGAAUUCUCUGGCAGGUCUAUGGAACAGCUAAGUAAAAACUGUGAUGAACUAUUAUGAAAUUGAGUCCACAGUAAAAAUGUGCUUCGAGUCAGCCAGAUGUAUGUUGACAAUAAUAAGAUCAACCACGGACAGAAAAAAUGUAAAAUAUCUUGUGACUUUCAAAAAAACCCAAACAAAUCCUUAAGUAGGUUUAGUAAAAGAAUUAUUUGCACAACUUUUCUGAAAAUAGCCUAUUGCAGUGUUGUACUUUCAAACUGUAAAUAGCAAGAGAACCCACACUUUGAAGUGUAAAACAGUAUUUAUUUCAUUUAAAGGAAUGAAUUCAAAAGGUUGGGAGCCAUGUGGAAACUGGUAUAAGCUUACAACAUCGCACCUGCUCCAUGUGGGGGAGGUAGUUGUCUUUAACCACUCGCUGGAGCAUUUAAACCCAGGUUUUACAAGCGGUUACUCUGGGGCUUAUUUGUUUAUUAUUUCCAUUUCUGAAUCUCUUCCUUUGAAACAUAUUGAAGCGAUUUAACAAUAAAAACAGCAACAAUUAAAACAUAUAUGAAACAAUCAAAACAACUGCAUAUAUAAAACCAUUUCAAAUUCAUUACAGAUACAGGCAGAAUCUAACCACAACAUGGCCCUGAGGAGUGCUAUAUUUCAAUUGAGGCACAGGUUCAAUGGCCAAAAUUCCUAUUGCCUUUUGCUUCCAUUCCAAUCCUGUGAAAUGGAACUGACUGUAUUCAGUUGCCUCGCCCAGCUAUGACAAAGUUGUAAGGAAAAGUCAAGAAACUCAAAAGCAAUAGAGUAAGAGAUGCGCUUUGAACAUUGCAGGACCACCAUGAGAGGCACUCUUCCUCGGGUUCAUCCCACAGCACUUGUGUAAUGUUGAGAGACCAACAACUAUGAGCCAGGUUCCCCAGAGUGCUGGAGAAAGACCGUAGCUAGCAGCCCUGCUUUUGAAGUGGUGGAUCUGGAAACACUACAUGGUUAUCAUUGGAGCAACACAGAGAAAAGUUGUUUCCACCAUGCAGACAUAACAUUUUAAUAUUCCCCGUCAUCUGACAUAGAUGAGUAGCCACUUUGAGUCCUCCUGCUUCUGGACGGUGCUGGCACUGAGACAGACACAGCAGUGCCACACAGCGCACUGCAAGUUCGUAGAACGCUACCUUUCUAAAUUCAGUUACCAAUUAGUUGCUGGCACAGCGCAGUAAGCGGGAAUAUUUUUUACGCGCAAGUCAUAAGGAAGGCUGUUUGCCUAUCAAUUUGCUAAAUGUAAAAUAGAGAAAUGGCUUCCCUGUAGAUAGUGGAGCUAAAACAUCUGCUUUUAACAGGUUCUUCCAUUAUGCAGGAUGGUAUUUGGCUCGCAUGUUAAAAGUAGCCUGAUUGGGUUUUUUUAAAGUUACUUAUAUGAGGCCACUCUUAAAAAAAAAAAAUCCUCAAAGUGCUCUUACAGGACAGGAGGGAUGCUUCAGAUUCUUUUGUUGAAACCAUACUUCUUUAUAUACUUCUCUAUCUUUAGCUGGCAUGUUGCUAUUUUGACACUGUCGCAUCUUUGUGUUUGUUCAGGCUGUUCGUUUAAGUCGGCCUUUCAAAGGGAGGUGGUGGAAUUUUCCUUUAAAAAAGGAAGGGGGGAAACACUUUCACCUUGCAGAAAGGACGUGUUCAGACCUCUCUUUUUUUUCUUUUUUUUAAAGUGAAGCCUCUUCUUGGCUCUGGGCCCAGCAGCCCUAUCAGUGCAAUCUAGCAGCUUGGCAGCUUUGUGUUGCCAUAUUCCCCUGGAGACUUAGAGAAAAUCUGGUCUUCGCUUUUCCAAGACUGCCAAGGGAUGAAAUACUUUGAUCCUUCAGAGUAACGUUAGAGUAGCUCUCCUCCCAGGUACUAAAUAUGACAAAGCACACUUAAUUUAUUCAUCCUUCGUAUAAACACGGAAUAUUUUCUGCGAAAAUCCAAAGAUUUAGUGCAGACCUUUUAUUAAUGCCAAAUAAACCCAAGUCUCUUAAUGAGACAUCAACAUGACGGGGGAUUGUAGAAUAAGAAGUUCACUGCCAGAGCACUAGAAUGGGGAACAGAAACAUCUGACUUGACUGAUAAAUAAUAGCGACUACCUCCUUUAUUUGUUACGCAGAGUUGAAUGGAAUAAUCUUUACAAAAGUGGUUGAUUAUGCAAGCCACAUUAGUAUCCUGAUUCUGAAUUCUGUAAUUUUCACAUUUUACUGUUUUGUUUCAGGAUUGAUCUCCUACACAGAGUACCUCUUUUUGCUGACAAUACUCACAAGUAAGUAGCUUGCUAGUUAGCUGUACAUUGUAGUAUGAAAGAAUCACUAUUACUAGCUUCCAUGUCACUAGUGAAUUUUCUUAUAACAUAAAAAUCCAACUUCAAAUGUCAGUCAAUAAAUUACUUGCAAGAGUAGCGAUGAGUGAAACAACCUUCCCCCCUCCAUUCUUCUGAAAUUGGAACAGCUUGGAACAGACUAAACAAUUUCCACGCAUACUGGGAAAUGGCUUGCCUUAUUCCAGGGAAAUGUGGGGCAGGGUGGGUGUUUCAACAGGAUCUGAUUUAACUCUAGAAAUAUGACAGGGCUGUGUACUUCUGUUAAGCACCCAUUCACCUACCAUUCUCCCAAGCUCCUUCCUCCACCCACCUGCUUAUCUUGCAGCUGCUAUAGCUCUGGUGGUGGCAGCAGGAGGGGAGAAAGAGGGGGAGAUCCUCCCCCACCCUCACCCCACGUGCCUGGCACUGAGAUACAAACAGCACCGAGACUGAAACUCUAGGAAAUGGUAAGGGAAAAGGAAAGGGUUUGAAGCUCACAGGUCGAUGGGAGUGGCAAGGUAGAAAGAGCUUGGGAACCAUAGUGCUCACUUUGUACAUCAGGCCUGCAUUUUGAGCUGCGCCAGCAUCCAGCCACCCCGCCCCUCUUCUCUCCCUUUCCCCAGAAUGCCUCUAGGCUGACAUGGGCCUAGAGGAAAGGAGGGGGGGCAACUGGACACCUGUGCCUGGCUUCCUGCCGUCCCCUGGAAGACCAAAGGAAAGGAAAAGGGACUGUGUUGCUGCCUGGUAAACUUGGAACUUGGGUGACAAUGGGACAUGUGUGUCUAUUUUCCUGCAAUUUUUUUAGGGUGCACAUUUUGCUUGGGUUUUGCACCUGUUUGUUUGGGGUAGGGGUGUUUUGCCUGUUUGGAGAUGAUACUGGUUGAGAGAGCAUUUGGGAAUUGGGUGGGUAUGUCCAAACUGAACAGGUUUUUUUUAACACAAUCCACGCAAGUUGUGCAAAUUACAGUCCCAUAUCUAUGCAGAGCCUCCAUGAUCUGCCACAGGAAAUGGUGUUCUGCUAGGUAACUGCAAAGACAGAAUUUCCUGUCUUUGGCAUGAACUCAAAAGUUGAGUUUCCAAACCAUGAGAUGAGUUGGUCUGAAUUUUCUCAUUUCUGUGCCCCCAUCAAUCCCUUGGUCUCAGGAGCUUUUUUUUUUUUUUUUUUUUUUUUUGUUGUACUGUCAUGCUUUUUCUUUUAAUUCGCAAACUUCUGUGUACCUUAUAUUUGGCUGGCUGUGUUUCAUUUCCAAAUUCAAAUGUGUGCGACUACCAAAGUUUGCUAUUCAAAAGAAUAUAUGUAUGAUAUAAUGCAUACCUGAGGACCAUUGGAAUUCUAUCACAAAUGUUCUAGGAUCUCUAGAGCAGGUAUAUCGUUUUUAAUGACAACAUGUCCUCCUUCCUGCUUUAACUGUUUGUUUAACCUUUAAUGUUAACUAAUACUAUUUGUCUUACCCAUUUUGCUCACUAUUCAUUCGGGUAAGGUAAACAGAUGAAUUCCAGAACAGUCUGUACGCUUACUGAUUUUGAUAUUCACCCACAUCGCUUUACUACCUAGCCUUGUACUACAAAAUGAAAUACAGCAAUUGGAGGAUAUUGAGUAGGAACUAUUGUUGUAGGCCUCCGUCUGUCUCAGGACAGUGGAGUGCACCUUCGGGGGUAAAGUCAAAUUGCUGCAUUAGCAACACCAGGGUGCAAACGUGGGCAGUGUGUAUGGAGGUCCUGCGCUGCCCAAAUGAGAAGCCGCCCCCCCCGCCUCACUGGAAAGCAGAGCAAUACAUUUGGCACCAGCCUGGCUGCAGGAGUUGCUGGAAGGCCCACAGAGGAGGCUUAGGAUCAGAGUUUAUCUUCUCCUAGAUGGGCUUCCCAGGUUGACGAACCCCAUCUUGUACAACCACAUGAGUGGAAGUGUUACACAUUACUGGGAAGAACCAUGGAGAUAGUUGCACACCAGUCUCCAUGGUUUUGCAGCAUAUCCAGUCCUGUUUGUGAAUGUGUGGCCGUUAGUCAGAUAAUUUGGACUAUGAAACAGAAGAGCUGUCUAAAGCUCUUCUGACAUGAAAUAUUGGUAGGUAGACACUCCUUAGGGCUAUUAUUUUUAGGUUGGCUGAGACUCCGAGUUUGCAGUUUUAAUUACUCUUGAGUCAUGUUUUGAAGGUUACUGAACAGCUAUAAAAUCUAAGGAUUUUGUUUUUGUUGGCUUUUGUAAAAUGAAAGCUGAGAUUCUGGGGAAUCACUAAGUGGCCAAAUCAAAAUGAAGGAGAAUUAUGCAACCACAUAAACAUGUUUUACAAGGGUCUUUGUAAAGUGUCACUAUAAAGCCAAUACAUAUAUGAAAUAUAUUCCCUUUUUCCUUAAUAGUACUGACCUUCCAUAUCUUGUAUUAAGAAAGGAGCGCAGAUCCGCCUCUCUGUCAUAUCACACUAAGCCUUUAUAAAUCUCUUUUCCCAAAAACUGCAGUAAUUUGUUUGUUUAGGUAUUUAUUAAAAUAUUUGUAAUCCAGAUUUUCAUAAAAGUAUAUUGAAGCAGUAUACAACAUACAAAGUUGUAAUACGAUCAGAGAAAGCGUCUAUAAAAAUAACAUUUAAAGCAUCAAUAAAUGCUGGUUAGUUAACAAGAGAAAUUCAUAUUGCAGAGGACUAUCUAAACAAUUCAGUUUUCAGAAAACGUCUAAAAGAAGGCAGGGAUGGUUCCUUGCAAACUUAGUUUUCUACCAUCUAAAAAAGAAUGUCUUGCUUUCUCCAGUAAAGUGCCUUUUCCUGAUAGAUUUUGAGUAAUAUUUUUGUGAAUAAACAUCGCUUGUUUCAAAAUGAGCAGUUAUGGAAAUGGUUAUGACUAAAUAGACAAUGGGUAGUUUAAAACAGCUUUGAAAAUGAUGCCAGUUUUCACAGGUUACUUAUGCAGCUGAACAAUCAGGCUGCAGCAGAGGGAGAGCAGGGCCAGUCCGUUGACUCUGCUGAAAGGGCAGUCCCAAUCGGGUUCCUUCUCUCCCUGAACUGCUUCCAUUCCUGCUGAUCAUUAUAAGAACUACUGUUUAACUUUCAGAGCUGGUGCUCAGAUUAUCUCUCUUCCUUUCUCUCUCUUUCCCCCCUUUUUUGUCAUGUGGAUUGUAUUUCUCUGAGCAGGAACUGACUUGCUUUUAUUGAUCAUACAUAAACUGGUUUGGGAGCAUUCUUGGCUGAUGAGCAGGGCACAGAUUCUUCAAACAAAGAACACGAGGUUCGGUGUCGUCACCCUCGCUCUUGUGAUUUUUCCAGGGUUGACACCGGGAGCAGUUCUUUGACUUGCAUGGUACCUCUCUGCCUCUUUCCCACUCCCUUAAGAAGAACUCCCUGACCUUGUGAGAGGCAGUGUGCCUUCUUUCCAUCUCUUUCAAGGCCAGGAAGACCCUGGGUUGCAAUAAUUUAAAAUAUUAUGUUAAAAAUAGUUUUUAAAACUUGCAAUUACAAAAAACACAAAAUCACAAAAAACAGGGUGAGUUCUGAAAAUAUUUAUCCCAGGUGUCAAGAGACGGGGUAAAAAGGUGCAUCAGUGAAGAUAUAAUAUUUCAAAAAAGAAUGUAAUCGGCUAGACAGAAAUUAUUACCUAAGGCAAAUUUAAUUGUGUGGGGUGUUUUGCAUGGACAUCAUUGACCAAGGAAGUCCACAAAAGUUGCACCUUCUUAAUGUGCAUUUAUAUUUGCCAGAUAGAAACACUCCUGUUGCAGCACCAGUUUUCCCAUGUAGCGACUUAGGAAUAAAGCAGCCAUCAUUUGCCAUUUAGCACCAACGUGUAUUGAGUGCUGUUGGAACUUGUGCUAUGGGGUCUCAAACGUUGCUGCGUUGAAGAAGUGGAAACCAAGGGGCAUCAAAGCAAACUCUUUCCCACCCUUUUUCAAAGGACUGAAUGAUAUUAUUUCCUUGGUAUUUCAAAUUGAUUGAAUGUCAAACACAAAGGAGCCUCUGUCUGUGGUGGAAAAUCCAUUGCUCCUAUUGUGUUAAGUUAUCAUAUCCAUCAUUUUGAAAGAAAAUGUCAGCAGGUGCUAGUAUCUCCAUCUUCAUCUAACAGGUUUCCCAUUUCAAUUCGUUCUUGGUGCUUCGUAGCUCUCAAGUAUAUUUAUGAAACCCUAGUUUAUUAGAAACUACUAGAUUAUUCAAAGCAGCUGCCGUGCUCUGCUUUUUAUAUCCACAUCCCACAGAAUCACCUCAGCGUUAAGUGAGGCUUUGGGCAGCGGCGUAGCGUGGGUUGUCAGCACCCGGGGCAAGGCAAGUAAUUUGCGCCCCCUAACCCGGGGCAAGGCAAGUAAAUUGCGCCCCCUAACCCCUAACCUGCUGCCGCUGCCAGCUUCUUCUUGCUGCUGCCUGGGCUGGUCUGGUGUGGUUCUCUCCCGCGCUCAGCGCUGCGCUGGGCGGCCGCUGCACUGUCCCUCCCCCAGAUAGUCCCUCGCUCUCUCUCCGCACCGCACGCCUGGCACCCACUCCCUCCACAGUGGGCGGCGACCCAGCGGCUCGGAUCGGAUUCGCACAGCCAGCACUGCAGUGAGAGAGAGUGAGUGAGCCAGGUAGGGGCAGAGAGCUGCGAGUGCGAGCGCGCGCCCCCCCCCCCGAUGUUGCGCCCGGUGCGUCCCCCCCCACGCUACGCCACUGGCUUUGGGUCUCACUUUUGAACUUGCUGUUUCUGUUUUCAUAGUGGUUAAAAGGCAGUCUUGCAUGCCCAACACAGUUACAGUGAACAGGAUUUUGGGAAGACUCCUUUGGACUCUCCCCAGCACCACCCAGUUGAUACUAUUCCUUUCCUUUUCGGAGUUAAGUAAGCUGUUCCAGUCAAUAGCUAGCUUUUCUUUUUUAUAUUUUUUGCAGUCAUUGGGAAAUGGAAAGGUUCCUGCACUGUAGUAGGUCCUUGUUCUGGUUGGAUGCCAUUAGUAUGAGGAUCCUGUCUUCUCUCAGGAAGAGGUGUAUCCCCAAAAGGCAGACUGCCCUACAUCCACUAGAACAAGCAAGAAUUUACUAGGAAGGGCAAAAUUUGAGGCCCUGCUUCAUUUCCCAGUAGAGGAGGAUUAACACGUUCCCUACUCUGAAGGAAAUGCUUAGCCACUGGACCUCAUAGCUGAAUAAUUUUGUGGAAAGGUUAGUCUGGCCCUGCAUUUACAUCUACUGUAAGGUUACCAGAUUUUUUUUCACUGAAUCCGGGGACACUUUUCAACUUCAGUGGAUUUUGUAUGGGGACUGAUUUGUAAAUCCGGGGACUGUCCCCAGGAACGGGGAUGUCUGGUAACCUUAAUCUACUGUAUAUUGCAAAAAGACCCGUUUUAGUAUUUUGAGGAAGCGGGAGGUACUUUCUGUAGAUAGCAUCCAAAGGUAACUUCCACCAAUAGUCAUUGUGAGUGUCUGAAACUCACAUGUUAGAGUUAUUGUCUGUGUAAUUAAAAGCAAGUGCAUUGAGCUUUUCUUUGAACCUCAGUUAUUUUAUAAAUACAUACCAUUGGGGUUGCAUCAUAUCAGAUAAGAGUGUCAUCUUAUGAGCCGUAUGAGCAGCUUUAGCUCCUAUGUAUUACGCAGGGCUACCUUCUUAUCAGCCUGUUGCAACAGAUGGUAUGCAUCACUUUGGAAUAAAUCAUUCUGCUUUUAUUCUCCAGUGACAUUAUAGGCUACAUUCACAUUAUUACUGACUCAAAGAAUACUUAGUAAAAUGUUUAGAACGAAGCAUUCCACUAGGAAGAAAUCAACUGUCUCUCAAAUAGAUUCCUCCUUCAAGGUUAGCACACUGUGACAGUGCUGUUUGAAAUAUAUAUUGAUCAUUCAUGAACGAUAGUUACCUGCUCAAAAUUCUGGGGAUUUGAAAGUCAUCUAAUCAAACUUCUUAAAAGAGACAGGAUCCCUCACAAACAUUCCAAACACUUUAUCAGGCACUUGAAUAGUAUGCAAGAAAGCUAUAGCACCUAUUUAGGAUCAAUUUAGGUAUACAGGGCUGUGGUUUUUUAGGGCUUUCAAGGUUAGCCAAACACUUUGAAUUGAGCUCAGAAAUGUACUGGGAGCCAAUAUAGAUCCUUUUAGAUCUUUCCAAGUCUUGUUUCUCUAGUUGCUGCUGCUGUGACAUUGGCUCAGUUUAGAGAUCCCAUUUCUGAUUUUUCAAACCAUGGAUUGAAGAUCCACUUUUUAAUUAGCAACAUGCUGGUUUGCCUAAUUAGGACAUCACCCACCAUGCACCUCCCCUAUAAACUGUUUUUAAGCCAGACUUCUUGGAGUGCAACAAGACCACUACCAGAAACUCCAUCAGUUAACUUUGGUUUUAGUAUUUAUGUACUUCAGCCUAAAUUUUUUUAUAUAUAUAUAUUGAAUUUUUUCUGCGUUUGCUAAAUUGUUGAUUUUUGUUAUUUUGAAUCUGUUGACAUGCUCUGUAUUCUUUAUAUUUGUAUUUCCAGUGUUCUCUGUUUUGAUGCUUUGAAUGUUUGUUGUGAGCCGCUUUGGGCACAUCUCAUUGUGGAAAAGCAGCAUAUAAGUAAAACCAACCAACCAAGGAGUCAAUGCACUUCCACAAUAGCAGAGACUGAAUUGGUCAACUUUUCCUUUUUAAGUACACAGUGCCGCUCCACUAGCUUCAGAACACCUUCGCACAUGCUUAUAUAGUUAACUAUGGAUCCUCUGCCUUCAUAUGAAACUGGAAGCAUCUGCCCAUUUAUGAGGAACUGGAGUAGCAGGGAAGCAUUAUCUUACAUGUAAAAUAUUUCUGAAUAAAUCUGUAUGCUAUGAUUCAUUGCAGAACCACAGACUGGAUUUCAUAUUGCUUUUAAAAUGCUGGAUGCAGACGGGAAUGAACAUUUAGAGAAAAAGGAAUUUUUUAAGGUAUGAAUGACAAUAUUUUCAAAAAAACCCUUUUUUAAUUUAUGGAAUUACCAUAUAACUUACAAAUGAAAAGUGCAGUUGAUCAAGACUAUUCCUUCCUCAUCUGCUUUGUACACAAGAGAUCAUGUCUUCACUUGAACAACUGAGGAAAUUAAAACCUUUUGCAACCCUUUUUCAUUGAAGUUCUGAGUUAAACCGAGAACAUUUUUUUAAAACCAGAUUUCCUAUUUUUACAUUUGGAUACAGGUGGCAAUGAACUUAUAGCGAACCUGUUGUUCCUUAACUAACAUGGUUGAUCAAGAACAGUGCAUUGGUGUCAAUAGCUAGGGUUAAGAGUUUAUUUAAUUUUAAAAUUACGAUUAUUUAUAUAUGUGGAAUAGACGGAUCUAUAUCUACCCAUACAAGCAAAACUGCAGAAAAUCCAUCUCUAGAGAGAGGCUUCCAUUGUAGAAAUGGAAAGAGAAGGUAUAUUUAGUCUUUUUAUUAUGAAUACUAUGAAAUGCACACUUGAGGUCAAAGUCAAAUGUGCAAGCCUUUUUAAUUUGAAUAGAAGAUAAUGUGUUUUGCUGUUGAGAGCAUCUGGAGAGGGGAUGGAGCUACUUUAGUUUCAGUGCCAAAAAGAAAUGCAACCACUGUGAUGGAAUUAACCCUUAGGGGACCUAACAGGCUUCCUGGCAGCAGAAGAAAAUGGUGCCCUCCCUCCCUCCCUCCCAGGUUCAAAUGAAGGUAGGGCAGAUUAUGGAUGACUUGGAAGGAAAAUCCUUGUAUAGCCAUGACUCCUUGCCUCACCUUACUAGCGCUUUUGCCAUAGCUGUAAAUGGCAGCUGCUAGUGCGUUGGCACAUUUCUGUCACAUGUCCCCCAUUCCCUUGUUUCGUCAUCUUUCAACAGUAUUAAAGGUUGGGAUAAAUAGAGGAAAUAAUGCCCUAUCCCCCCCCCCAGCUUGCCUUGCCUGAACAAACAGACCACAGAUGGGUGGUCUUGCUGCAUGCACUGCUUGGAAAAGGGUCGCUGUGUUCAGUGUUGGAUUUCAGUGCGCAUCAACUAAUGACUGGACAGGGCCAGGUGCAAACUAUUUAGGGGAAAUAGUGCCAUUUCAAUCCUAACCUGCCAAAACGAUCACCUGGUGUUGGCAUGAGGAAUCGGAGAUGAAGGCUAAGGAUGAUAAAGCAGCAGGCUUUGGGAGCAUCACAUUAUUCGAAGGGAAAGUUAUGCGCUGCUUGUCUCCCAGUGAUAAACAUACUUUUAAAAGCACCUCUCCUAAGCAACUCUAAAUCCUCUGCUUUCUAUCUCUAUCUGUGCUGUAACCGUAAAUAAUAAGUCCCUUGUUUUUUUUAUUUUUGCUGUCCAUUUGAGGACUGGUGCUAACAUCUCUGGAAGGUAGGUGAGCUUUGCAGUGUGCUGUGCUAAAUCUCUUGCUAGAAACCCAGCCUCUGAAGAGAUUUGUGAGUACAUGUAAUUACAAAUGUUUCCCAAAGAGAGGUUGCUGCCAGGAGUCUGCUGAAUGACUUGCUAGAGAUUUAUAGUAAGCUGCAAAUGGAUUUCUUUAUUUGCUGGAGACCUUAUUUUUGGAUCUGAACUUGUUAAAGAAUGGUAUGACACGAAAUUGUCAGGUCAUACUUGGAUCAUUAAAAAAAUGCAUAAGCAAAACAAAACUAGUGCUUUGUGAGCAUGUAAGUAUUUCACAUGCAGUCUUAAUGCACCUUAUGAAACUGUCUUAUAUAGAGUCAAACAAUUGGUUCACCUAGCACAGUUCUUACUCCGAAUGGCAGCUGCAGUCAAAGGUCUCCAGGCCCUUCCCUGCUUUGCUGCCUGAGAACCCUUAGCUAGAAGUGCCAGUGCGGUGUAGUGGUUAAGAGUGGUAGCCUCGUAAUCUGGGGAACCGGGUUCGCGUCUCUGCUCCUCCACAUGCAGCUGCUGGGUGACCUUGGGCUAGUGACACUUCUUUGAAGUCUCUCAGCCCCACUCACCUCACAGAGUGUUUGUUGUGGGGGAGGAAGGGAAAGGAGAAUGUUAGCCGCUUUGAGAUUCCUUCGGGUAGUGAUAAAGCAGGAUAUCAAAUCCAAACUCUUCUUCUUCUAGACUUGGGACAUUCUGCAUGAGCAAAGCAUAUGAGCUGCCAUUGAGCCUUGUAGAUUAUGUCAGUAUUAUUAUAGCACCUUUCAAGUGCGAAGGGUGAGAUGGAGAGAACAAAGUUUCGCAAACUCAUGGCUGAAGCAAGGUUUGGACCAGAGACUAAUAGCCCAAGUAUUAUGCCUAUUUAAAAACUUGACUUCCGUGUUAGAAGGAAUUCUUUAAAAUGGCCUCCAAAUGCUUACGUGUUCUUACUCUGCUUUGGUCCCAUUUUUAUGUAUUUCUGUUCAUAUUUCAUAAUUUCUGAAAACUUAGCAGUCAGAAGUCAGUCCUUCCCCUCCCAACCUCUCCCUGCAUUUCCCUUGAAAAGCCUUUUCCUGAUAGUUGGAGGCCCUCCUGAACAGCAUGGCCAAUUCUGUGGGCAUUUGAAAUGGGAGUAGGACAUAUGAAAUACCCAAAAUUGGACAGAAGGGAGGAGAAAGAUUGGUUGCUGUGGAGGAUUCCAUUCAUGCAACCUGCUUGUGGUUAUUCAGCCAGAAAGCUUGUAUCAGAAAUGAUGAGUGUGUUUAUCCCCACUACGGCAUACCCAUUUCUCCAAAACAAACUAAAGAAAAUGCCCACAACCCUGAACAGGUUGGGGAAAAGUAGGCAAACUAUCCCCAUUCCCAUCCCCACUAACUCUCCUGGCCUAUCACCCACUAUUUCAACACGCAGCACAAAACCGCCAGAUUAAAACCUAGCAAGCCAUAGGCCUACACUGUCUAAAAGACUUCUACAAAAACAACAAACCCAUACCAAUACAAGAAAUACAAGACAAACUAUGGGACACCCAAAUACCUUGGCUAACACACCAUCAACUACAUGCCUUCUUAAACAAUCCAGCAGUAAAAUCAGCAGCCACUAGGCCCUUGACCACCUUCAAAAACCUUCUGACAGCAGAGUAACUGACAGUGUUAAGUAGUUAAUGUAGUUAAUUUGUUGUUGUCUUAUGUCAGGAGUAUGUAUAUGUAUGUAUAUGUUUUUUUUGGUGUGAAUGUGUUGUGUUUGUCUUUUUUGUUUGUAUGGUGUUAUAAAAUAAAAUUUAUAUUUUAAAAAAAAAAAAAAAACCUUCUGACAGCAGAGGGACAUGGCAAAGGGAUGGUAUCCACAAUAUGCAAAAUACUGCUCCAAAAUCCCACAACCCCCCUUGACACAAUUAAAGAACAAUGGGAGCCCAACAUAGGCUAUGAAAUUAACCCUACCCAAUGGAUUAGAAUGUGGUCUAAACCUCCCUUUAAGUCCAUAUCAGCCAAAAAGAAAGGAACUUACUCUGAAACUCACCUACAGGUGGUACUUAACGCCAUGGAAACUGGUGCUGAUACACCCAGGAACCUCACUAAGAUGUUGGAGAGGCUGCACUUCCACAGGCACAUACCUCCACAUGUAGGAGGAAUGCCCUAAAAUCCAACCCUUUUGGACACCAGUCGUACAAGAGAUAUGCAAAAUAAUUAAACAGGUAUUAGAACUCACCCCAGAACUGGUCCUCCUGAGCAUCUUUCAAGAUCGUUAUGACCACUCACAUCAUACAGAGCUUAUAACCCACCUACUCUCAGCGGCCAGAAGCCUCAUAGCCAGACAAUGGAGAGACCUGUCAGUAGUAAACAUGGACCAGUGGUAUCAAAUUGUAUGGGAAAUCGCCUUACUAGAAAAGCUAACCAAUAAACCAAAACUGACAUGGGGACAAAUAGAAGAGGAUGCCUUUACCCCAGUAUGGAUCCCCUUUAUCACAUACACAGCCCGACAAGACAAUGACAAGAGUCCACCGACAGCAUAUGAAUAAAUAUUGCUUACCUGACCCAACAAGCACCCCCCCAAAUGCAAACAAACCCCACCGCAGACAACCACAGAAAACCAACCACACCUUGCCCCCAAUACCUCUCACUACCAAGGAAAUGUAAUAAAUGAAUAGAAAGAGAACCUACCCAGUUGAUGCUGACACAAAACCCCACAUGUACACUAUAUAAAAGAAUACGUCUCACUACCCCACCCCUCCCCUCCUCUCUCUCUCCUCUUCUUCCUCAACCGUAUACAGUAGUACCUCCAUUUAUGUAACCCUCUGAUUACGUAAACUUCGGAAUGCGAAAGUGGCUAACCUGGAAGUAUUUGACUGGGUUUUGCCAUGUGCACAUGUGCAGAAACGGUCCUCUGGUUGCGAAAACCUUUGGAUCUGGCCGGACCUUCGGAACGGAUCCCGUCUGCAACCAGAGAUACCACUGUACUUUACUCAGCACUAAUGUCUCACAACAAAUGUAACUGAUUUGUAAGAAAAACUGUACAACCUAAAAAAAAGAGACAAGGCAUGUACGUUUGUAAACCAAGAAAAUCAAAAAGAAAAAGAAAUGAUGAGUGUGAUCUUUAUUGCUUGAAAAUUGUGUGUGGAUCAUUCAUUUCACGUGUUACCAGAUUCCUUAAUGAAAGGCACUGGAUAAAUGUGAAAGCUCCAUCACAUGUGACAAAUGUGUAUAAAGGCUUUGCACUCAAGGUACCUGUGCAGAGAAUUUUACAGUUUGUGUAUGGUAAAUAGCACUGAGAAAGAAGCUAUCUGUUAAAAAUGCUUUGGUAUUAAAAAGAAGAUAGUAAAUGGAAAUAUAUAUCACUUUUGUUUUAGCUGCAGAAAAUAAUUGGGACGCAAGAUGAGCUUAAAACAGCUUUAGGAGAUGAAACACUAUCUCAGGUAGGUCUUCAGAGAGUGUGAUUUUCUUUCUAGCAGGUUGUUCUGGCACUAAUGCACUGUUAUCUUUUAAACAUUAUUCCUUUCACAGCUUGUAGCUGAUUGCAUCCAUGUCAGCUCUGAUGCUUCAUUAAAUGAAAGCAUCUGAUCAGUUGACCUUGCUUUUUGCAUGUUCUUAGUAAAAUAAUUCCAAUUGAAAAAGAAUUCAUUUAUUUAAUAUGUAGUCACGUCUAAAGGGAGACUUUUAGUAUUAUACUUAGCUGACUUGAUCAAAGAACAAUAAAUGCACUUCCAGAUCAGUUUGGUAAUAAUAAUAAUAAUAAUAAUAAUAAUAAUAAUAAUUUAUUAUUUGUACCCCGCCCAUCUGGCUGGGUUUCCCCAGCCACUCUGGGCGGCUUCCAUAGAAACAAAAAAUACAGUAAAAUAUCACAGAUUAAAAGCUUCCCUGAACAGGGCUGCCUUAAGAUGCCUUCUAAAUGUCAGGUAGUUAUUUAUCGCUUUGACAUCUGAUGGGAGGGCGUUCCACAGGGCGGGCGCCACUACCGAGAAGGCCCUCUGCCUGGUUCCCUGUAGCUUUGCUUCUCGCAAUGAGGGAACCGCCAGAAGGCCCUCGGCGCUGGACCUCAGCGUCCGGGCAGAAUGAUGGGGGUGGAGACGCUCCUUCAGGUAUACUGGGCCAAGGCCUACUUCCCAAGUUAAAAUUAAUCUUUCAGACCCUGCCAAUAAAGUACUAAACAUUAAAAUACUAACUAGAGUCAAAAAGCUUAUUCUACUCUUCAACCCCACAUCCAAGACCAUCUCUGCCAUAUAUUUCAAAAUCAGAAUACAAAUAAAUACUUUGCUUGGCCUUAUAUGGACUAUAGUCUUAAGACUAUAGAGGAGAAGCUCAGUUUAAUUGACUAUUUUUUGAGAAUUUAAAGUAAAUUCCAAAGGAAAGAUUUGUUUUUUAAAAUCAUUAAUAGUCUUGGACAUCAUGAUCUAAGCUUUACUCAUAGCUUAGGACAAUUUGAUUUAUGGAAGAAAUGCAAGACCUAUUGAUAGAAACAUCUAGUAUUAAAUUUUAAAAAUAAAUGGUCUUAACUGUUGUUAUUUUACUCUGUAUAAUAUGCUGUUUUAUAUGUCAUGUUGGAAGCUAUCCUAAGAAUACUACAUAACAAAGUCUGGUCUAAAAGAAAUAAAAUUAAAAGAUAAAUGGAAUGGGGCUAAUGUUUGAUGGCUAGAAGACUUUCAAGUCAUAUUUUUCUUAUGCAUAAAUAACCUGAGUGAAAGAAAGCAAUGGAAUUUGAAAUAACAAUGAAUAACAAUCAUUUAUUGUCCACACUUCUUUUACAAUACAAAUGAGAAGUGGAACAGGUAAAAGAAUUUGAUUCAUUUGGCUUGAGGCAAUGGUUUGUAUCCAGUGCUGUCUGUUCAUGAGCGGAAUGAACGUCUGCUCAUGCAAUGGGACCUUUCCCUCCUCUCCUUGCUGCCCCCCCCCCAUGUGCCCACAAAAACUGCUGCAGGGCAUAGGAGCCAAAUCCUAGGGGCCAAGGUCUCUUCAGCACCCCCAAUAUUUUUGAGGGGGCCAGGAACUCCCCAAACUUGAUGAACAUUGGCAUUCAAAUGGUGUGCGUGCACCACGACUUGUGAUUGAUGACAUGGAGUGGAGCUUACCUGCCCCUCCCCAUAUUAUAUUCAGAUUGGCACCCCUGCUCUGGGGGGUUGGGGGACACUGGAGCAGAUUUGAGGAGCAUGCGGUGGGGGUGGGGAGGAAGGAAGGAAGGACCAUUGCUCAACUGGCACUCACGCAACUUUAGAAGUCAGCCAUCGGACCUACUAUUGAAAUAUCAGUUUGAAAAUAUCUAUGAUAAUAAUUAAGCAUUCAGUUUUCCUCAAAUACUGAUAUUUGGGAGAAUUUCUACACUACUAAUUGGUCAACAUUUAUCACCUGCAAAUCAGAUGCUAUAUAUUUCGGUUUGCUAUAUUGUUUUUUAAUCUUAGGAAGUUUAUUUUCCUAUAUCCCCUGCAAAAGAUUGUUUUCUUUCUAGUUUGGAUUAUCUUAUUGUGUAUCUUCUUUUUUUUCCUCAAGUACUAUGUUAAUGUAAAAAACAUAGUGGCAGUAUUCUAUAAUUAAUGAUUUAUGAAGUUACAUUAUUUGUUAGGUUUGCAUAAGUAUGUAAGUUUUUGUUGGUAUUUAAAAAUGUGCAGUAUUUCUAUUUAGUUUUUAUUUUAAAAAAUACUGUAAAAUACACCACACAUACUGAACAAUUUUUGGGUGGCUUAGAGAUGGCUCAUGUUACUUCAUUUAGUGAAAAGUGUCAUGGAACAAAUGAAGAGUGCUACCUGAACUAUAAAAUGUGUUGUCAUGUGUGCAGAAAGCAUGAAAUACACUGAACUAAUGCAACUAGUUGAUUAUACUGAAAGCCAAAUAACCAUUAGUAUUUAAUCUUAUGAAUAGAUGGCUGUCUUUCAUCUUGCCUCUUCAGCAGAGUAAAAUACACACCGGCUAUUUAGAUGUCACAAGAACAUUACAUUGAAAUCCCCAUAGACUCCACGUUGCUUAGUGUGUUGUUGUGUUCAAAGAAAUGAGACUUAGGCUAAGUGGUGAAAGAAACACAUAAUCUAAAAAUAUUGUAUUUUGUGUCUGUGGCUUUAGCCUUUCAAAGGGAUGGAAUAGCUGAGCUAUGUGAAAUACUUUAUUUGUUUUCUACAGGCCUUUUUUCCAUAAGGAAAAAUUCAAAUAUAGAGCAUUUGUAGAAUUAUUUAACCAUUAAUGGGAAAUGUAGAUCUUGAGCCAAUGUUGAGCUUUAACACAAGAGGUAUUCUGACAAAGUACUGAUGUGCAUUUUUUCAGGAGCCAGAAUCAGAAGACCCUGAUAUUAAUACCAUGUUACGGGUCCACUUCUUUGGAAGAGGAGGAAAAAAGAAGCUUCAUUACUGUGAAUUUCACAGGUAGCACUGAAAAAAGAUAGUAAUUAACGCUUUGGUUGUCAUCUUGGUUUGCUCUGUGUUGUGAGUUCUUCAGCUCAAUCUGUCUAUCAGAUACUACAAUUCACUAUUUUGGCUUGUCUUAGUAUUUUAUCUCAAAGAGAUCCCAAAUAACUUCAUAUUUAGUAACACACCAUGGGAAUUGCAUCAGCCAUCUUGUCCGCAUCCCAUCGGGUCUCUGGACUCCUUUGAGAAGAAGGACAGGGUAUACAUUAAAAACAGCAGCAGCAACAACAACAACAAUAUGUAUAUGCCUUUGCCCACAUUUGCCUGGAGGUUCUGACCACACUUGUAGCCGUGGCACCAUGGAGGAAACCCCCAACAAAUCACAGUCCACAGGAUUCCAUGGGGAUUAUUAUAACGUACGCUGCAGUUUUGUGUGGCUCAUGCUGAGGUCACAAUAUCCCUUGACAGACUGCAUACUGCUUAUCUCUACUGAAAAAAAGGGGGGGGGGAAUCACUUUGUAAAGGUUGAUGACACCUAAAUGCAUCGUAGAACAGAAAAAUGCAGUUUACCCAAUCUCUUCAUUGUUAGGCUAGAGAAACUGGGCGAACCAUAUUUUUUGUUCUACAGUUAUGCAUUCAGAAAUGUGUAAUUGUAGACAAAUGCAUAAUGAAUUUCAUUACCCUCUAUAAAGUGUUUGGGGUUUUUUUUGCAGCAGAGGCACCUCAGGUGAGAAACCUACCUUUUGUGAUAUUUACUCUGUGGCUAUAAAACCUUGGGUUGCUCUUCCCAGAGCAGCCUGCUUGGCCUAAUCUUGUUUCUGAGGGUGAGAGUCAACAUCACACCAUCACAUGUGACAGGAUUUUACUUUGUUCCCAGAGCUCUGCAUGCUCCUCCCACAUCUACUCUGCAGGGUCUCCCAGUCUUUCAUAGCAGAUCUUGGGAGUGUACAACAGGCUGCAUGGGGGAAGAAGGGGAAAUAUUUGUGUAACCAGAAAUCGGUUGAGCAAGUGAGACACCAUCGUUGGAUAUCGCCCUAAAUGUUUAGUGAGACCCUUGAUGUUUAGCUAUUGAUGAAGUCUUUGACUCCUUUUAUACUUGUUAGUCUUUUAUGCAGAAUAUCACCGUGUAACAAACUGCUUCCAAUACUUGUAAUUUGUGUUGCACACUGCUUGGUGUAUUCUUUGUGUAGAAAGCCAGUACUGAAAUGUGAUAGGUUUUGGAAACAUGGAAAGCCAACUAAAUAUUAAACCUAGACUGCAUGAAAUCCAAUCUUAAUCAACCCUUAGCUACCACUGGCAUUACUAAUAUUAGAAAGCCUUUUAAAGCGAUGUUUAAAAGCACAUUAAAACUUUGCAACCAAUGAAAGUCUAGGCUGAUGUUUAAGUAAAAAUAUCCUAGUUACUUAAACUUGUAUGCUAACUCAACUCAAUCCUUUUAUUUGCAGAAUCAUCUGCAAAUCAAGUCUGUCUACUUUAACUCUAUUUAAGAAACUCCCUCAAGGCCACUUCACAUAUUAGUUGUCAUUCAUAGGAGUUCUUCUAUAAAUCACUGCUCUCCUGGAAAACACAGCUUGGGAGGUAUUUCUACCUAUAUUGGCUCAGGAGUUCAACUAAAAAUUGCACAGGAGAAUCUGGGAACACACACACAAUGAACUGAAGCAACAUCAUAAAGAAGAGUGGGCCACAAUUCCUCCACAAGGAUCUGAGAGACUGAUAAAGUCAUAUAGCAAACGAUUACAGUGGUACCUCUGGUUACGAACUUAAUUCGUUCUGGAGGUCUGUUCUUAACCUGAAACUGUUCUUAACCUGAAGCACCACUUUAGCUAAUAGGGCCUCCCACUGCUGCCGCACCGCCGCCGCGUGAUUUCUGUUCUCAUCCUGAAGCAAAGUUCUUAACCCGAGGUAUUAUUUCUGGGUUAGCAGAGUCUGUAACCUGAAGCGUAUGUAACCCGAGGUACCACUGUAUUACCCUCCAGCUAACGUUUGGUUUCUGCCCCCCUCCCCAACAGACCAGCAUGGUUUUCUGCAAUUUGUCUCCUCUCAGCCAAACCAAGAAUGGAGAGGUGUUUCAAAUGCUGUGCAAAAUGUUUCCUCCCACUGAUUUCAGGUGCACACCAACCUUCAAAUAAACAAGCCUUUGAAGUUCUUAAAGAUAUUGAGAAUUCUGUUGAGUUGGCACUCCCUCUGCUCCCCUUUCUCUACAGUAGGGGUUGUUAACAAAGCAAAGGCCAGAGUGCACCCGUAAAAGCUUGUUUGCAUUUAUAGUGCGAACUGGAAUGUCUCAGGUAAUUAGAUAAAAUCCUGCAUUGACCCAAUGAGGCAUAACACUGAUAAUACUGUGUACCUACUACAUUCAGCAAAUGUAGGUUUAAGACCUUUGCCUACCACACAGAUAGAAGCCUGUAAUCAAAAUUGGACUCCCACAUCUUGCUCUUAAAGCUGUUGGGUAAGUGUCGGGUUUAAUACAGGUAAUUUUUCAACAAUGGCAUUUAUUUUUCAUGCACUUGGAAUGCGUCUCCUUAUCACUAUCCAUAUAGACCCACUCCAUCUGCAUUGUGACCUGACAGUAAAGUUUGUUUUAAUGCAUAGGAAGGUGAAUGAAAGGAUCAGCGUCUUUUAAAAAAAAAAAAAGCGCAGUGGAGAUAUCACUUUUCACAUUAUUUUAUUUGCAAGUAACUCAAGCACAUCAUUUCUGUGUUUCUAUUGUUCGGGGAAAAUGUGAUUUCUAUCUGAUGGCUUUUCACAACAUUUCUACCUCACAUGGGAAGCCAUUGUUGGCUUUCUGAUCAAAGUGCCAUGAUGUUUUUACAAGAGAUGACUGAUGAGCUGUACAGACAUAGAUCAUUGUCAAAGGCAGGGGGGAAAUGAUGGUAAAUGCUUUUAUCAUUUUCCAAGUUCUUGUUAGAAAGGCUUUCCAUUGAUCAGCGGAGUAGCUAGAGAAAGCAGGAGUGAUUACAUUUGAUUAGGCUGCUUCAGAUAUAGUUACCUGUGUAAUUUACGUUCCUUAACAUUGGGGCGGGGGUUCAUUCAUAAAGCUUAAUGGUGUUUACCUGUGAUUAGUAGGUGAGUUAUCCCCCCCCCCAAAGAAAAAAGCAGGAACAAAACUUUUAUUAUUUAUUCUCUCACUUCCCAGAGUGAUUGGUUGUUGCUUUGCAACACUUAGCUCAAGGCUGGUGUGCUUUGUUUCCUCCCUUCAGAAUCCACUUUUUAAACUAAGCCACAUGGCAAGUUGCUUCUGUGUAUUGAGUGUGGUUCCCCCUCCCUCGCUCUCCAUACUGUUCCUGUUUUCCUUUUUAACCAUUUACAGUAGCAAAUUGCUUGAUCUGCAUGCUUAACAUCUGCACACCAGUGGUAUAUACUAUCUGUCAAAAUAGCUUCAAGUUGGUUUAGAGUCUUCAUAGUGGGACCUUAGUCCAUUUGCUGGCUGAGUUCAGGGCCAGGCCUAGCUGAAUUGAUAAGAGAUUAUUGAUACUGUUUGAACCUUCUAGAGUUAUUGUUCCAGCUUUUGGUUAGAAUUAACUAGCGCAACCGACAUUCUCCUCUGAAGUCUCUGAAUACUUAUUUUUAAAUACUGCACUUCUGUGCAGAUUUAGGCUUCCUCCUUGUUAGUAUUAUUCAAACAGUACAAAAGGAUUCGAAAACUUUCUUUAUGAAUUAGCUGUUUUCUGCACUUCCGCAACAGCUGCAGCAGAGGCGUGCCAGAAAAGUAGCUGGGGCUUUAAAAUAAUUUUUUAGAACACGUCUUUCCAUUCCGUAGGCCUGCCAGGCAGCUUACAACAGUGGACUGGUUAAAUCCAGACUUCUAAACCAUCAAAAAAGCAAAUAAAGUAGAAUGUAAUUUAUUAUAUUGACAGAGAAGAUAGCAUGGAAAAACAAAAGAAAUCAUCACCACCCCAAACCCAGCUAAAGGCCAUUAGCUGAAAGCUGGCCUUAUAGGCUUCAUGGGAGAUAGUAUUCCAUAGACAAGGUGCCAUGACCAAAAAGGCCUUGCUCCUAAUUGGUACAAAUCCCCCAAAGGAAGGUUUUGGGCUACCUAAAAAUGUUACGUACUGCAGUGUUCAUAUGAGGGAAGGCAUUGUAUUCAUUGUAUUCAAUAUACCUGUUCCCACUGUCUGUGCUAACUUUAUUAAAAUGAUGAUUUAGUGAAAAUCCAGCUCUAAUUUAUCUUUUCAUAGUCCCUUAGUUAGGGUCUGUUUGUAUAUUAUUUUCCCCAGGGGAUUCUUUCCAGGUUUACAUUCUCCUUUCCUUCCCUCAGCUCACCCAAUAAAUAUCUCCCUUAUUGUUGCUUUAAGUAGGAAUUAAAUUAAGUUGGUUCCAAAUUCCUGGUGGAAGAAUCAACACACGCACUUGAAAGGCUUCAGAUACUGCCAAGCAAACCAUAUUCUGUAGCUGAUAAUUGUCUUGGUGAUUUAAAAUGUGUAUUUUUUAUUUUAAAAAAUUGUCCCAAACUUUUGUAAACUUUGGCUUUCAACAAUGUGUGUCUUUUGGGGUGGGGUGUAGUUUUCAGGUGUGACUCUUUUUGGAAGUGGAGUUAGAAGCACCAGAUCGGAUCCAGGCUCAGUUAUUUGAACUUUGACCCUGUUGAAAUCAUUGGUUUGUAUCCUGACUAAUCCUCUCCAAAUGGGUUGGCUCCUUCUUUUCUCAAAGGGUACUGUGGUUGAGCAGAGGAUCUCAGGGAUGACACAACAUUUUUGGCUGAUCUCCCAAACCCUCAGCUCUGCUCAUAUGGUACUCCAGAUUGUCUCUCCCACACGCCAGAGCAAUAUUUUCAAGGGGGUACAGAGGGAAGGGGAUUUCGGCAAAAGUCAUCUCCUACCCUUAUCCUUCUAGACUAUGGGCGGUUGCAUCUUCAGGCAGACCAGACCCUAAUCUCCAUCACCCCAUGCAGGCCAACUUUAACCAGUGGGUGGGACCACCCACCUGUCAAUCACCUGAUGUCAUUGUGACAUCAAGUGACUGAAACCCCAAAGAAGUCACUGUAACUGCCAGUCAGCUGAUUGGUGGUUACAAGAAGCCCCUUUGAUGCCUCUGCAAGUUGGUGCAUGGGCAAGAGAUUCCCCACCCCUGCUGUGGAUCUUAAAAAUAUGUUCAAAGAUCUGGCAGCAAACUUGCAAAAAUAGUAAGCCACUUACAACUGGCAGAGUUUUAAUUCCAGUGACAAAAGUGACAUAUUUUAGGUGACAUUAUUCUUAUGUUCUCUUUAUUUAUGGGGACGAGGAAAGGCAAAGAUUUUGAUCAGUUUUCCUACAGAUAAGGUCUUCCUUCUCUUCUCCUGCCCCACCUUAGUAUCAUAGAGAAAUAAAUAAGAUUUCCCCCACCCAAUGAAUAUUUGGAUCCCAUCAGUUGUCAAGGAAAAAAACAACUAUCUGACUUUUAGAAGACAUCUGAAGGCAGCACUGUUUAGAAAAGUUUUUAAUGUCUGAUGUUUUAUCGCUUUGUUAUUAUUAUUAUUAUUAUUAUUAUUAUCAUUAAUUCUGUUGGGAGCUGCCCAGAGUGGCUGGGGAAACCCAACCAGAUGGGCGGGGUAUAGAUAAUGAUGAUGAUGAUGAUGAUGAUGAUGAUGAUUUACUGUUACAUAAAGUUAUUUUUUGUAACGUUCUCAAAUACUUGUGGACUACUUUAUAUCAAAGUAAAGGAUUUUUGAGGCAGAGCACUUGGGUAAUAAUUGUUAACUGUUAUUUGUGCCUAAUCAAUCAUUAUUCCUUUUAAAGACUAUUGGAGCACCUUUCGUUUCCCUAUUCUGUUUCUUUACAGCUUUCCUCAAAUACUCUCAGUUUUAAAGCUAUGUGAGUCUUUUUGUUGUUCCAUUUACUGUCUAGUUGGCUGCUACAAGUUUUAUGCCACUUCCAUGUUUAAAUAUCCUUUUCCACUCAGGUAAGAGUUAUGCAUAUGUGUAGCAGCAAUUUUUUUGCAGCACACAGCUUGCUGCUACAACAUUCAUAAACGUACAUAGAUUCAGAGUGCUCCCUACUGGUAGAACUGCUGAAAGACAACAUUACAAAAUUGGAAAGAUUGAAACUACAUUAUGUACUGAAAGUAUAUCUUUAUCUCACAAUGAGCAACUUAAAUCAUCUCAUCUUACUGAGUUAUGGAAGUUGCUGCUAUUGAGACCUGGAAGCCAACAAUUUGUGUGUUGUGUUUUCUAUCUGAUUAGUUUUUGGAAAAUUAAGGUGAGACAUUUUCACUGCAUAAUAGCUGUGAGAGAAAACAGUGAACCUCAAGGCAAUCUUGCUUAUGUGUAGUGUUUGAGUUCCUUAUAAAUGUGAAAGCAUUAUCUUUACUAUAAGAAAUGGUUUGUAUUCUCUGCUUAUGAAAGGAAUUAAGUUGCAACUAUUGUUUGUUAGAUUUAUGCAGGAUUUACAAACAGAGGUGCAAGAGAUGGAAUUCAUCCAAUUUUCCAAAGGUCUAGCCUUCAUGAGAAAAGAGGAUUUUGUAGAGUGGUUGCUGUAUUUUACUGAGCAAGAGAACAAUGAAAUUUACUGGCAAAAUGUGAAGGAAAGAAUCCAAGCAGGAGAGGUGCGUAUGGAGUUUCUAAACCCAAAUGGCUUUUUUCUGGUGUAAUUGAAUAACAUUCUUCCUAAAUCUAAAGUAUAGCAAAGGCAUUCAUUUUUACUUGUUUUGUUGUUCCAAUCUUUACCAUCUUUACUUCUUAAUUUUUAUUACAGUUAUAUGUUUCUCCAAGGAGUUCAAUGGUGUUGAUGCUUCUCAGUCUCCCCAUUUUAUCCUCGCAAAAACCCUGGGAUGUAGGCUAGGUUUAGAGACAGUGACUGGCCCAAGGUCACCCAGUGAGCUUCAUGGCUAUGUAGAGUCUCGAUCCCUGGUCUCCCAAGUCUUAGUCCAGCACUCUAUUCAUUACACCACAACUUUAUAAUAAUAUUAAAUGCCUUAAGAAAAUGCUUAGUUUUGAAUCACUCACCUAAAAAUAAAUUAAGUAGUACUAUUUGGUAUUUCAGAGUAUCAGUUUGGAGGAAUUUAAGACUUUCUGCCAGUUUACAAACCGCCUAGAAGAUUUUUCAAUUGCCUUGAAAAUGUUCACGGUAGCCAGCCGCCCUGUUAAACGAGGUAAGAAUAAUUUUGCACAUCAGAAUGUUAAGCAAGAAAAUACACUUUGCAAGUGACUUCUGAAAACGUGUGCUAUAAACCUGUGUCAUGUGGUGUUUUCUCCUUUUAUAAAAGGAUUCUGAGUUCCUCUCAGUUCCUUGCUACUUGUUUUGGACAACCAGUUGAAGAUUACGGAUCACUAUUUACUGGUGGUUGGGAGAAGCGGCAGUAGGAAUUUUCCUUGGCAUUUACUCCUCCUUUGUCAGCUGGGAGACGCUACAGCUGAUCGCCAGCCAUGACUGCUGCCUGCACUUGGAACUGAAAGAUGGCAGCUUGCUGUCUUCUUCCAUUCUUCAAGACAAGAAGUAGUGAUUAGAUCCCAUUAAGAAGCUGAAAAAUUAAUAUUAAGGACUUAGCAUGCAAUGUUUUGAUAGUUUAUUUGAUCACACAAUUCAAAUUAUGUUUUUGCACUCAGAAGGAAUAGUUUAUUUGUUAAAUUUAUAGAUCUUUCCACUAUUCAGUUCCGUAAACUGAUCUAUAAUCUCCCAAGUUAUUUUACGUUUUAAUGGUAAUGUAUGGUGUGUUGUGCUUUUAUUAGCCGAGUUCAAGAGAGCUGUGAAAGCUGUUACAGGACAGGAACUCUCCGAAAAUGUUUUGGACACCGUCUUCAAGAUCUUUGAUUUGGAUGGAGACAAUUGCCUCAGCCAUGCAGAAUUCCUUGGAGUCCUAAAAAACAGGAUGCAUCGAGGCUUAAGGGUAAUGAAGCCUUAUUCCUAAAAUAGAAUGUUUAAUGGAGUAACUGUUUUUAAUCAGUCAAGGUGCCAGCAUAUAGACCAUAUAAUCCUAGUGGGAGCAGUUUGUGGAAGUAGGUAAUUGUGGAAAUUUUACAGGGCCACUGCUUUUAAGGUGGAAUUAAAAACAAAGAGUUUUCUUAUUAAGAUGAACUUUUUAUGGAACAGUUAGCUAGCCUAUUAAGUUGUUUGCUUCUGAUGUAUGCUCAUUAGACUUCACUGAACAUCCAGUCGAUGAAGGGAGGCACAAACCAUCUAUCUCCAUACCAACAUAUAACACACAUCUACCAGAUUAACCACUAUCAUUCAGUGCUAGCACAAGCAGAGACCAAGAGUGAGAAAGUGCUCCAUGCCAGAGACUCUAGUAAGCCAAAAGCUUAGAUUAGUAACACCCAGAUGGCUCAACAAUAAGGUGUGACAGACCCCACAGGAGAAGACCAAAAUAUGCCCAUCUGCUUUGUGAGGAGAACUUUUUCCUGGCUUCAGAGAGGUCUCUCUCUUAGACCCUAAAAUUUAAACCCACACAUACAGUGAAAACCUAUCAAGUGAACUGAUAACCAGAUUGAAAUCUACCCAGCAUACCACUUGAUGUAGAAUAACUAAGUUGUUGUUGUUGUUAAAUUUGUAUACACAGUGGUACCUCUGGAUACGAACAGGAUCCAUUCCGGAGCCCCGUUCGCAUCCAGAAGCAAACGCAACCCACGUCUGCGUGGGUCGCGAUUCGCCGCUUCCGCGCAUGUGCGUGGUGUCAUUUUGACCGUCUGCACAUGCGCGAGUGGGGAAACCCGGAAGUAACGCGUUCCGUUACUUCCAGGUCGCCAGGGAGCACAACCCAAAAGCGCUCAACCUGAAGCAACUUCAAUCCGAGGUAUGACUAUACUGCCCUUCAUCUGUAGAUCUCAGGGCAAUUCACAACAUAAAAAUGCAAGAUAAAAAGGACAGACUAUCCCCAGAACAGGGGAUGAGAGAAAGUUUCAUUGUACAAGAGCAAAUAUUUACACUGAUAGGAUGAGUUAGCUGGCUACUGUCCUUUAAUAAUUGUGUUAGGGAUUUUAUCCCCAACUCCAUGGAAGUUAGCAGCCAGGUUUCUAAUGGCCAUAAUGGAUCAAGGUUAAUGAGGCAAGUCUAAAUAACUUAAUUAAUCAUAUUCAAUCGUAUAUUUAUUUGCUGUCCUUUAUAUACUGCUUCUGUGAGUGUACUCAGUGUGAUGCAAAUGAAAAAGGGGAUUGGGGAGGAACACAAAAAUAAGCAGAUGAAGUACUCUUGUUCCUAGCUGCUCAUAAUGACUAGCUGGAAUGGCCACUCCAGAGACAGCUCUUGGUGGGGAAGGACCAAAUGUCAUUGGGCUUCAUCCAAGUCAUUGCCUUGCCCCUCUAUCUGGUAUAGCCAGCUAAAAAAAAUGAAACUUAAAUUCAGUGUGGUAAUUAAUGUUUUUUUUUUUAUUAAAAACAAAAAACAAAAACAGGUGCCUCAGCAGCAAGGAGUUCCAGGUUACUGGAAAUGUGUGAAAAGGGAGAGCAUUAAAGGAGCAAAAGAAGUCUGGAAGCAAACUGGGAAAAGUCCCUUCUAGAAAAAAAGAACAUCAUUUUACAACUAUAAAUGUCUGGGUUUGCUUUUGGUGUAUGUUUGUUUACAUAAUGGCUAUAUUUGAUGGAAUAGAAUAUCUUUAUACAAUUGAGUGUUGAACAAAUUUAUUUUCUCAUUAUAAUUCUACAGUAUUCUACAGUAUUUAUCAGUAUAAUCAACGUUGAUGGGGGACUAUUACAAUUUCCAGAUUUCAUAAGGUGUUUUAAUUCCCAAUAGUACUGAAGUUCUAAAAAAUGGAUACUAUCAAAAUCCCUGAAUUGAUCAGUCUGUCUGGAAUUUAGUAGAAAUUUCUCAUUUUGCAUAUGUUUCAUAAGAAAAGCGCAUCCUGUUAACAGGGCUGAAAGACCUAAAAGGAUAUCCUGUGACCAGAAAGAAGAAAAGCUUGAAACCUACAACUCCAGAAUGAAUUUUAUAAAGCAACAAUCAUUUUAAAACUACAAUCCUCAGCUGCCUCACAGAUUUCACUAGUUCUGAACAAUUACCAGACUGAAACUUUGUAUAUUCCUGUAUAUUUUUCUUCUAAUUUAUACAAAUAUAUUUUUGACUGUUCUGUUUGCAGUAUGCUUUGCAUUUCUCACUCCAGCCUGGAAAUAGGAACAUGUUUACAUAUAAACUGGAAAAUUGUAAAUGGUGUGAAUUUGUAUAAACAAAAAGUUGCAUGCAGUCAAGAAAUGGGUAGAAAAUAAAGUGUCUUUUGGUAGAUAUAAAUGAAAUAGCUCCUGGCCAUCCUUGACACUGAGCUUGGCAAUUACCUUUUCUCUGUGGGCUUGCUAUGACCGUAGUGGUUCAGCUUUGCAGAGCAAUGAGCAUCUUGAUUGUUUCAGGAGAAAAGAGAUUGAAAUUGGGAGGGGGAGUUAACUAGACCUCUAACUUUAGUAUAACUAGAAAUGGGAGGGAAGUUAACUUGAAUACAAAUAAGAAACUGUGCAAUGCCAAUCUGUAAUUUAGACACCAGCAGCCUCUGAGCCAAAUCCAGUCUGCUGGGGACAGGGCUGUUGCCAUGUUUGAGGCAAGGAUCUCUCUAACCCCCACCACCAUGGUCUCUCCCCCUCGCCUGGAAAUGAAGGCGGGGAUGGCUGUAGCCACUUCAUUCGCUGCUUUGAGCACCCGGCUGAUCACAGCUUCCCCAUCCCUCCUGCUGCCUUCCCUGGUAGUGUGGCCUGAUGGUGGGUGGAGAUGGAGAACAGCACUUAGCCUGCCACUGAGCAGAGAAGUGCUGUUUCUGUUGAUUACUUGCGUUACACAAUUUUAAAAACCAAUAAAGCAUAUAUAUACAAAAAGAAGAAGUGCUCGGUGAAGGAGCCGCCAGCAUCUUCAUUGAUCCAGAAGGGCAAGGCAUUCUGGUGCAGUAAAGACAGCAGCAGCUGCAGCCACUGUUCUCUGCUGAGCACUGGGGCAGAGCGAAAGUGAAGGAGAGAGAGAUGACAGCCCCUGCCCCAGCGGUUCUUCUGAGACCCUUGGGCCCAAGCAGUAGCUCCAUCAUCCCAGGUGGUCAGUACCGGACAGCCCCAAAAGCAAGUGGUAUAUUGUAGUCGUGGCAACAGGGCUUGCUGGCAGUCAGAGUCCUAGCCUCUUAUGCUAUCCUUGUAAUGGCCUUCAUGUAAAACUACUGUGUUGAAAGUAAAAGGCAGUGUUUCUGUGCUGGAGAGGAGAGGGCUAGAAAUUCUGGGUGGGUGGGUGCAUGCAUGCACUUGCGUAUACAUCUGCAUAUGUGUUUUGCGUGAGGGUAAAUGCAUGAGUGUGCAUGAGAGGGAGAGAGUGCUGUGUGAUUGUGUCUUGGGUGAAUGCAUGCCUAGACUGACCAUAUCCAACCCUGGCAUGUGGUCCUCAGACUACAAAAGCUUGGCCACUCCUGUAAUAAAUUGAGCAAACAUAAUUGUGUCUGUUAUUUGCUAUCGUACUUUCCUAGUGGAAAUGAUUGACACAGUGCUGUGUAUAUUUAUGGCACAGUAAUUUAUUCAC